AUGGACCUUACCGGAACAGGUGACCAUAUUGCAGCUAAUGGCGAAGGUGAGUAUCGCCCUAAAUAGAGCUUUACUCUGGGGCUUCUGACCCUAAAACAGGGUUUCUCCACCCCCCCCCCCCCAGAAGUUUCAAAUUUUUGUUUUAACCCUAAACUGCCACACCUGAUUUAAUUAGUCAAAGGCUUGAUAAUUAGUUGACUAAUUGAACCAUGUGUGCCAGUUAAGGGUUAAAACAAAAAUGUGAAACGUUUGGAGGGGCCUAGGAGAGUUUUGGGAAACCCUGCCCUAAAGGAACUUCAAGGGAGAUGCCAAGAACGAGAUCUCCCUUGGGGGAUUUCUUUACUGACUUAUCAAGGCUAGGAUCGUUACACUUCUCCCUCGGUUCGGAAAACACAACCUGUGCUUCUCUAUCACAAAUCCCUCACGCCUUAACAGGACAUGCUUUUGACCAUCAUACACUAUCCUACUUCUGCUCAUCAGAGUAGCAAAUGGUAGGAGGGGGUAUUGACCUGAGGUAGGCUUCAAGCCAGGUUUCUUGACCCUAAGGGUCAACAACCCCAAGAAAGUAAGGGCCUCAUCAAGGCUAGCGUUGUUCCUACUUGUCAGGCAGCAUGACUACCUUGUUAGGAAAUGUCUAAUUAGUACUAAAUACAGUUGCAAUAAUGACCAAUUUUAGCUGGCUCACUGGCUUUAAUUUCAUUGUGGGAUUAAAAACAAAGUAGUGCUAUAAAACGUUCAAAUCCUCAGACUGAUUGACUGCAACCUAAGCCUCUGUCUUGCAGGCAUGAACUCUUAGGGUGCAUGUAUUGAAAAUAGAUUCAAGAUGUUAUAUUACUCCCAAAAUAAGAGGAACCACAGCUAAUGUACAUUAAAACCACAUAGUUAUGCACAUGUAGUUUAAUGGGGGGUAUACAGAAGAUAGCCCUAUUUGGUUAAAGACCAAGUCCAUAUUAUGUCAAGAACAGCUCAAAUAAGCAAAGAGAAACGACAGUCCAUCAUUACUUUAAGACAUGAAGGUCAGUCAAUACGGAACAUUUCAAGAAUUUAACAUUUUUUCAAGUGCAGUCGCAAAAACCAACUGGCUCUCAUGAGGACCGCCACAGGAAUGGAAGAACCAGAGUUACCUCUGCAGCAGAGCAUAAGUUCAUUAGAGUUACCCGCUUCAGAAAUUGCAGCCCAAAUAAAUGCUUCACAGAGUUCAAGUAACAGUCACAUCUCAACACCAACUGUUCAGAGGAGACUGUGUGAAUCAGGCCUUCAUGGUCAAAUUGCUGCAAAGAAACCACUACUAAAGGACACCAAUAAUAAGAAGAGACCUGCUUGGGGCAAGAAACACGAGCAAUGGACAUUAGACCGGUGGAAAUGUGUCCUUUGGUCUGGAGUCCAAAUUUGAGAUUUUUGGUUCAAACCGCUGUGUCUUUGCGAGACGUGGUGUGGGUGAACGGAUGAUCUCCGCAUGUGUAGUUCCCACUGUAAAGCAUGGAGGAGGAGGUGUUAUGGUGUGGGGGUGCUUUGCUGGUGACACUGUCUGUGAUUUAUUUAGAAUUCAAGGCACACUUAACCAGCAUGGCUACCACAGCAUUCUGCAGCAAUACACCAUCCCAUCUGGUUUGCUCUUAGUGGGACUAUCAUUGGUUUUUCAAUAGGACAAUGACCCAACACACCUCCAGGCUGUGUAAGGGCUAUUUUACCAAGAAGGAGAGUGAUGGAAUGCUGCAUCAGAUGACCUGGCCUCCACAAUCCCCCGACCUCAACCCAACUGAGUUGGUUUGGGAUGAGUCGGACGGCAGAGUGAAGGAAAAGCAGCCAACAAGUGCUCAGCAUAUGUGGGACCUCUUUCAAGACUGUUGGAAAAGCAUUACUGGUGAAGCUGGUUGAGAGAAUGCCAAGAGUGUGCAAAGUUGUCAUCAAGGCAAAGGGUGGCUAUUUGAAGAAUCUCAAAUAUAAAAUAUUUUUUGAUUUGUUAACACUUGUUGGUUACUCAAUUCAUAUGUGUUAUUUCAUAGUUUGAUAUCUCACUAUUAUUUACAAUGUAAAAAUUUAGAAAGAAGAAAAACCCUUGAAUGAGUAAGUGGUGUCCACACUUUCAUACGUAUAUAUAUUUUUAGACUGAACAGGUGGGGCUCAACUAUCCUUAGACUGCCUUAGCUUAUUUAGCACUUUUGAUGAAUUUUCAUUAUGAAGCUCUACCAGUCAGCACCACGCUAAAAGCGAGCUAUUCACUUGGCGCAAGUGGCAGUCUGAGGAGAAAGGUUCACACAUCACCAUGUGAUACACAUUGUGAUGCAAAAUUUCGGGAACUUUCAAUAAAUUCGCUGGUUUUCAAGAAGUCCUUGAAGCAUUCACGAUGUCCUUCUCAUUCCCUCCUGAUUCCGGGAAAUGUCCGUCCGGGAUUUCGGGAAAACCAUGAUUUUCAGUCAUGCACAUAUCCAGUUUUUUUUUUUAUUGCCGGUGGGUGCUAUGAUGAGGCAUCGCCAAUAGACGGGUCUGUGAGACAGUGGAUUGAGCUAAACCACUGCAUUGUGAAGCACAUAGCACAGCACAAAUGUGUUAGUACGGCUCUAGCGAUCAACAGAAUUGAGGGUAGCCUAAACCGCAACAGGCAUCUAUUUUAACUUGGCGCUAAGUGCAGGUGGUAGUUCGUUGCACGGGCUGAAAUGUGCAUUUGAGACCUGUAGCAUCAACUCCAACGGAUCUCCUAUCUGACUUCAUUUUUCGCAUAAGUUACUGCGUCUUUUUCCAAGGACUUGCAAGUGCAUGCAUGGGCUUUAUCGUUUGGUUUAGGGGCUACCAAAAAGGCUAUACCCGAACAGUUAGAUCAUCAGAACAGCCAGCCUACAUGGUCUGGUAAUUUGUUUAUGGAAGGUAUCCUGGCGCACAGGCUGACAUUAUUGUAGUUUCAGCCCAUAACUGGGCAGACAUUUCGUGUGAUGGGACUCUCCAAACUCUGAAGGUAAGACAUCUAUCUCUAGUCUACAGCAGAGUGCAGGAUUAUACACCUGUGAUGUAAUGCGUGGUCCGCGUUAUUUAUUUGAUAAACCUUUACACAUUACUGAUUUCUCGUGGUUUGGACGGCUCUUGGCUUCAUUCAACUCACUUUUCUCUUUAUACCUCAUAAGGCGAGCUUGUGGAUGGUUAUUUGAAAAGAGGCAAGCUGUGAUGCAAGUUAUAUUUAAAUAGUGUGUUCUUUUCCAAUGGUUCUUCAAAUGAUCCCCAAGUUGCGCAAUGAUUGAAUAUGAUUUACGCGCAAUCACGCAAGAGCAGGUUAAUAAUGUGAACUCAUUCAGUGGGUAUGUGCUGUGCUGCAUACAUCUUAACCACACACAUUGCCCCAUGUAAUCAAAAUAUGAGUGAGCAGCAGGCAGUGGCGCGUUAUUACAUUCUAAAGCUAACCGCACCUUUGUGGUUUUCACAGUUGCCGAGUACCAGGGUGAGAGUAUUCUCACGCCUAUUGAGUGAAAGAGGCUAUAUUUGUGUAUGAGACAGACAGGGUUAUCAUGUUAAGAUUGCCAUAGAUAAUGUUACCACAGCUGUUUAGUCUGGGCUGGCUAUUCUACCCUCUUUGUAAUUCGGGAGAUACAAUAGCAGCUAUAGACAUCAUUAGAUCAUUGUUCAAAACCGAGAAACUCCGUGUAUGGCUAUUCAUCUAUUCUGAACAAAAAUAUGAACGCAACAUGCAACAAUUUCAUAUUUUAGGUACAGUUCAUAUAAGGAAAUCAGUCAAUUGAAAUUAAUUAAUUAGGCCCUAGUCUAUGGAUUUCACACACUGGGCAGGGGCUCAUCCAUGGAUGGGCCUGGGAGGGCAUAGGCCCACCCACUUGGGAGCCAGGCCAACCCACUGGGGAGCCAGGCCCAGCCAAUCAGAAUGAGUUUUUCCCCCACAAAAGGGCUUCAUUACAGACAGAAAUAGGCUUCAGCACCCAUCUCCCCCAUUUUUACGAUCCCGCAGGUGAAGAAGCCGGAUGUGGCGGUCCUGGGCUGGCAUGGUUACCUGUGGUCUGUGGUUGUGAGGCCGGUUGGACGUACUGCCAAAUUCUCUAAAACAGUGUUGGAGGCGGCUUAUGGUAGAGAAAUUAACAUUAAAUUAUUUGGCAACAGCUCUGGUAGACAUUCCUGCAGUCAGCAUGACAAUUGCACACUCCCUCAAAACUUGAAACAUCUGUGCCAUUGUGUUGUGUGACAAAACUGCACAGUUUACAGUGGCCUUUUAGUGUCCCCAACACGAGGUGCACCUGUGUAAUGAUUAUGCUUUUUAAUCAGCUUCUUGAUAUGCCACACCUGUCAGGUGGAUGGAUAUCUUGACAAAGGAUAAAAUGCUCACUAACAGGGACGUAAAGAAAUUUGUGCACAACAUUUGAGAGAAAUAACCUUUUUGUGCGUAUGGAACAUUUCUGGGAUAUUUUAUUUCCGCUCAUGAAACCUGGGACCAGCACUUUUCAUGUUGCGUUUAUAUUUUGAUCAGUGUAUGAUUGAAUAGUGAGGAAAAAUGAGGCAUUGUUAUGACCUGGUAAUAUACACUGCUCAAAAAAAUAAAGGGAACACUUAAACAACACAUCCUAGAUCUGAAUGAAUGAAAUAAUCUUAUUAAAUACUUUUUUCUUUACAUAGUUGAAUGUGCUGACAACAAAAUCACACAAAAAUUAUCAAUGGAAAUCAAAUGUAUCAACCCAUGGAGGUCUGGAUUUGGAGUCACCCUCAAAAUUAAAGUGGAAAACCACACUACAGGCUGAUCCAACUUUGAUGUAAUGUCCUUAAAACAUGUCAAAAUUAGGCUCAGUAGUGUGUGUGGCCUCCACGUGCCUGUAUGACCUCCCUACAACGCCUGGGCAUGCUCCUGAUGAGGUGGCGGAUGGUCUCCUGAGGGAUCUCCUCCAGACCUGGACUAAAGCAUCCACCAACUCCUGGACAAACCGGUCAUGCUGGAGAAUGUUGCAGGCAGCAGAACGUUCUCCACGGCGUCUCCAGACUCUGUCACAAACCUGCUUUCAUCUGUGAAGAGCACAGGGCGCCAGUGGCGAAUUUGCCAAUCUUGGUGUUCUCUGGCAAAUGCCAAACGUCCUGCACGGUGUUGGGCUGUAAGCACAACCCCCACCUGUGGACGUCGGGCCCUCAUACCACCCUCAUGGAGUCUGUUUCUGACCGUUUGAGCAGACACAUGCAUAUUUGUGGCCUGCUGGAGGUCAUUUUGCAGUGCUCUGGCAGUGCUCCUCCUGCUCCUCCUUGCACAAAGGCGGAGGUAGCGGUCCUGCUGCUAGGUUGUUGCCCUCCUACGGCCUCCUUCACGUCUCCUGAUGUACUGGCCUGACUCCUGGUAGCGCCUCCAUGCUCUGGACACUACGCUGACAGACACAGCAAACCUUCUUGCCACAGCUCGCAUUGAUGUGCCACCCUGGAUGAGCUGCACUACCUGAGCCACUUGUGUGGGUUGUAGACUCCGUCUCAUGCUACCACUAGAGUGAAAGCACCGCCAGCAUUCAAAAGUGACCAAAACAUCAGCCAGGAAGCAUAGGAACUGAGAAGUGGUCUGUGGUCACCACCUGCAGAACCACUUCUUUAUUGUGGGUGUCUUGCUAAUUGCCUAUAAUUUCCAGCUGUUGUCUAUUCCAUUUGCACAACAGCAUGUGAAAUGUAUUGUCAAUCAGUGUUGCUUCCUAAGUGGACAGUUUGAUUUCACAGAAGUGUGAUUGACUUGGAGUUACAUUGUGUUGUUUAAGUGUUCCCUUAAUUUUUUUGAGCAGUAUAUCUUGCUACACUAAUAUCAUUCAUAGUCAUACAUCAUAUUCAAGUGCAAUGAUAGUUACUCAGCACACGUGCAAUAACUAUUAGGUCUAAUGUUAUUCAUCAGCGCUUUGGAUUGCUGCUACCCACCACUGAUUAUAACAUAUGAAUCCCUAUACACAGUGAUAUGAAUCAGCUAUGAGCGUUGGGUUACGUUCCAGUCUGUGCACCAGGUCAAACCGAUCCGCCGGCUUCAUUACAGUGGGUUUUGACCAGAGCGGCGCCCCCUCUUGACAACGCUUCGCUCCGCCGCACUUGAAAUAUGCAUAAAGUAGAGCAGAGUCCAACCUUUUCUACCGCUCCGCUAGCUGGGUUCUCGCCACUCACCUUCCCACAAUCCCCUGCACAUUUCUCUGCGUGCCCUUGUUGAAAAUGAAUUAAUUGUUGGUGAAAACCCUACAUUACUUUGUGUGUGGGAGCGCAGACAGGGGUGUGGGCGGCCCGACUCCACCAGCUGCCCACGGAGCAGCGGGGAUUAGGACAGGGCCUGGUGUUCUGGAUGUUUUUUUGGUCUGCAGCCUCACUGAUUUGACCACAGUUGCUGUCCCUCCCCGCUAGGAUGUUUUCUGUCAGACUUAAAGCUGCAAUAUGUAACUUUUUGGAUGACCUGACCAAAUCCACAUAGAAAUGUAAGUUAUAAAUAUGUCAUUCUAAUUGAAAGCAAGUCUAAGAAGCGGUAGAUCUGUUCUAUGUGCGCUAUUUCUAUGCUUCCUGUUCUAAAGUUUUGUGUUUGCGUCUUUUACUUUCGGUUUUGUACACCAGCUUCAAACAGCUGAAACAACAAUAUUUUUGGUUAUGGAAAAUAUAUUUCACAGCUGUUUAGAUGGUACAAUGAUUCUCUACACUAUACUAGCUUGUUUUGUCACAUUAACUGAAAUUCAGCGAACUAUAAGAAUUUUAACAACCAGGAAACGGCGGAGCGAUUUCUGCAUAGUGCAUCUUUAAGGCUUUGACUUGUAAGUCUGUCUGGAGGUUUUCAAUAAAGCUUGUGACAUGGCUCAAUAGAGCAACACAGUGGGAUGAUGGGAAUGAGGGGGAGAUAUACACUACAUCGGCAAAUAUAUGUGGACACCUGCUCGUCGAACAUCUCAUUCCAAAAUCAUGGACAUUAAUAUGGAAUGGUCCCCCCCUUUGCUGCUAUAACAACCUCCACUCUUCUGGGAAGGCUUUCCACUAGAUGUUGGAACAUUGCUGCGUGACUUGCUUCCAUUCAGCCACAAGAGCAUUAGUGAGGUCGGGCACUGAUGUUGGGUGAUUAGGCCUGGCUCGCAGUUGGCAUUCCAAUUCAUCCCAAAGGUGUUUGAUGGGGUUGAGGUCAGGACUCUGUGCAGGCCAGUCAAGUUCUUCCACACCGAUCUCGACUAACCAUUUCUGUAUGGACCAAACUUUACAGUUGGCACUAUGCAUUCGGGCAGGUAGCGUUCUCCUGGCAUCCGCAAAACCCAGAUUCGUCAGUCGGAUUGCCAGAUGGUGAAGCGUGAUUCAUCACUCCAGAGAGUGCGUUUCCAUUGCUUCAGAGUCCAAUGGCGGUGAGCUUUACACCACUCCAACCGACGCUUGGCAUUGCGCAUGGUGAUCUUAGGCUUAUGUGCGGCUGCUCGGCCAUGGAAACCCAUUUCAUGAAGCUCCCGACGAACAGUUCUUGUGCUGACGUUGCUUCCAGAGGCAGUUUGGAACUCGGCAGUGAGUGUUGCAACCGAGGACAGACCAUUUUUAUGUGCUGCGCGCUUCAGUACUUUGCGGUCCCGUUCUGUGAGCUUGUGGGGCAGAAAUUUUACGAACUGACUUGUUGGAAAGGUGGCAUCCUAUGACGGUGCCACGUUGAAAGUCACUGAGCUCUUCAGUGAGGCCAUUCUACUACCAAUGUUUGUCUAUGGAGAUUGCAUGGUUGUGUGCUCGAUUUUAUACACCUGUCAGCAACGUGUGUGGCUGAAAUAGCCGAAUCCACUAAUUUGAAGGGGUGUCCACAUACUUUUGACCAUGUAGUGUAAUGUACAGGUCUUCUAAAGUCAAACCUCAUCAGCUUGUUUUGGUGAGAUUCUGUUCAAGUUGCAUGAUGAGCUGAGCUGAGUGUGUAUGUUGUUGAUUUAACAGCUGUAAAUAUUGGGGAACGUGUUGCUUACUGUGCUCUUUUUGCGAAUCAGUUACUGUAAAAUAUGUUUUUAUCCAUCUACAGUCCUUAUGCAUGCUCCCUUUAGCCACCACACAUAGUAAAGCAGUACUUUCAAUACACAAUCCCUUUUGCAAAAUCAAUCAGACAAUUAGUCAAAAUCAAAACAACCAAUUGCUUAUGGAGUUGAUUGAUCCAUGUGCCAUUCACUUUAUAUUAGGCCUUCCUAUGUUCCUUCAAAGGCCCACUGAUAGAAGUGUUUGUGUAAACGACUGGGUUUGAACCUGGGUUCUCCGGCAUGCUGCCAGAUUGUUAGCCCUCUGAGCUAAAGCCAGAGCAUUAGCUCAAUAGUUAACGCAAGUCUUCAGAUCUCAGGCAAGGUUACUCAUUGUGGGAGUAUGAUUCACCACCAAUUGGCUCAUUCAUCCCCCCUCCGCUCCCCUGUAACUAUUCCCCAGGUCGUUGCUGUAAAUGUGAAUGUAUUCUCAGUCAACUUACCUGGUAAAAGAAAGAAAGAAAGAAAAGCACCUCCGUUACAUUUGGAGUGAUAUAACAUACAGCAGGUCAUUUGUUUGGUGAUCCACACCUCAGCAGCAUGAACAAAAGGAAUUCAGCUACAGUGGGUGUGAUGCGCAGUUAGAAAAUAGAUCUGUCCCCAUACAUACAGUAGAAACCCCAACGCCUCCAACACCCCCCUCCUCUCUCCUCUUUCUGCAGGCAUAUUGCCUCUCCCAAAGCCUUUUGUAUACAUGCUUUACUUUUCACUCGUCUCUAGAGAUAUCUAGAGCAGCCAGCGACCUCUCUGACUUGCGUCAACGCCGCCAUGCCCCAGUGCCUUGCUAGGCAAACUGAGCUUAAUUGGAUUCUUUGUAAAUGGCUAAUUAAUGCCGAAGGACUGAGAUCUGGUUAGAGGAUGGAUAGAGAGGUGGGGAGGGAGAGAGAGAAGGAAAGUGGGGUGUGUGUGUGGUAGAUGUGGAGAAGGAAAGAGAGAGUGAGAAAGAGGGGAGAAAGAGAGGGAUUUAGGAGUGGGAGAGAGUGAGAAAGACCGGCAUGGAGGGAGGAUGAACGGAGGCUGAUCAGGAGGAAAACGGAGGAAGCAAAAUCAAUCCCAGGAAAGCGAAAUAAACCAACAAAGAAAGUAAUUACAGGGAAGGAGCUAACCAGAGGCAUGCAGUCGCAUCACUGGUGUACGCUUCACUGCUUCCUCUCCUCCUCCUCCUCUCACGCCUUCUCUCUUUUUCUUUCUCUCCCUUCCUCUAUCUCCUACUUUCUCUACCUCCAUAUUUCUCUCUCUCGCCUUCACUCCCCCACAAGUUCCUGAGAGGAGCCAGAGAGGACCUGUGCAAUUUCAUCCUGUCAGUGCUCCUGAGAGAGAGAGAGAGAGAGAGAGAGAGAGAGGUCAUGUUUAAAGGUCAUGCUGUCCAUAAUUAAAGCAGCCAGGCGAUACAUAGUCAAUGAGGUGGAUGGUAGAACAAAUAAAAGACAAUGGGUGACCACACAGGAGUAUCCGCCCUGUUGAGUAGUAGAAGCAGAGUAUUGAUGCUUAUUCUGACCACAGUGCACUGCCUAGAUCCAGUAUCUGCAACAGGUGUGAAAGUAUACGCUUCACUUUACCAUACUCCUGCAAUAGAAUGUGUUCGUACAUUUCAUUAUUCCUGUUGUAACCUCAGUUUAUGUCUGUGUCCACAGAGACCCUUCUAUUGCUCAGUGUUUAUCUAAUAGCUAGAUACAAAUGUAGAGUUCUCAGAGUUAUGUUGUGUUAUCCUCAUUCCUAUCAUGCCCCAAGUCCCCGUCUUGCACACGGCCAUAGCAGAGACAGAAAAGUAAGCGAGACACCCUACUCGCAGGUUUUGGACUGGUUCAAUGAAAGUCAAUGAACUAAGUAGACCAGACCCAGCUGCUAUUGUAUUGGUGUCUAUGGGAGACCCACCCCGUUAAGUAGACCGGAACGGACAAUUAUUUUCAUUGGUGAACGGCCUGAAUGAACUAUAUUCAUUUAUCCACCAUCUUUGGCCCUAGUACUAAUGCAGGAAGUGGGGGUUUUCCCCUCGGUGUUGGGGCUGUGUCAUAGAUAUAGAUUGAGGACUCUAGAUGGAUAUCACAUGGACAUUGAUGAACAUGGACAUUAAUGAGUCCUCUAUCUAUCUCUAUGGGCUGUGUUGUUCAGGAGGGAAAGCAAACAGAAACUAGUCAGUUGCACUCUAUACAUAAUUAAUUGGCUGCGUGGUUGAUAUGAAACCGUUAAUUCUUACUGUGACUCUAGAGAAAAUACAGUAUGUUUUACAUUUUAGUUGUUUUAGCAGACGCUCUUAUCCAGAGCGACUUACAGUUAGUGAGUGCAUACAUUUCCAUACUAGAAUGUGUAGUUGGAUUUUAAACAAGACAUUGCCCCUUGUGACUAUAGAAAAGGGAAGUAUGAAUGAGAAUGUCAGUGGAACUCACUCAUAGCAGACCUGGGUUCAAAUAGUAAUUGUCUUCUUACAAAUAACUUUAGCUGCGCUUGAUUGAGCUUGCCCGGGCGCAAAUGUAACCAACUGAGUAGUCCCAAAUGUGCAAACCCCUCCCACCUGGACUGGCACCCCAGGCAGGCUCAAUCAAAACAAACGUAUUUGAAAGCAAAUGAAUAUUAAUUCAUCCCAGGUCUGUACUGGCGUUUUGAGUGAGGAUGUUUUGAGGAUGUCCUCCUGGGCUAGUCAAAGCUUAUCUCAGUCUAUAAUGGGUGUAUCAUGCUGGCUAUGGCGGACCUGGCGGUGUCCUCCUCUGCCCUGUGGUAAAAAGAGAGGCCCACAUUUGCAUCGUGGGGAGUUUAAUGAUAGCUGGCAGAGAGACGGUUAGCCUGUUGGCCUCAGGGACCACGACAACAACAGGAAGCGAAUUCUGAAACUCAAAUCAGCGCUGCGGGGAGAUGGAGAGAGACGGAAGAGAGGAACGAUGAUGGGGGAGAGAGAGAGAAAUGAGAGAAAAACAAAAGUGUCUUGGCAUAGUGCCUUGUGGGUAGUUGGCGUGUCAUUUCUCAGUUGAUCUGUCACUCUCGUUCAGCAUAGAAAGAGGAAUAUAUGUGUGGGUGUGAGGAGAUAACACUAUGUGAGAGGAUGUGUUAACUGUAAUGUGUCUUUACUUGGUGAUUUGAAUGAGGAAUAUGAAGAGGAAAUAUCAAUAUCAACUGAACUCAUUGUUCAUAUAAUCCUUAAACAACUCAUUCAAAGCACACACACACGUUUGUUUUACUAUCCUUGUGGGGACCAAACAAUUGAUUCCCAUUCAAAAUCCUUCUUCCCCUAACCCCUAACCUUAACCCUACCCCUAACCUUAAGCCUAACCCUAACCCCUAACCCUAAGUGUAACCCAACCCUAACAAAACCCUUUUUCCUUGUGGGGACCGGUGAAAUGUCCCCACUUGUCCGAAUUUUCCUUGUUUUACUAUCUUUGUGAGGACUUCUGGUCCCCGCAAGGAUAGUGAAAAAACACACACACCCACAGACUUCCGGCAUUUGUUAUGUUACUUAUGUAGCUAGUUGUCACAUCUGGUAGAGGACAGAAGUUGAACAGGAAGCAUCUGUACAAAGAAAUAAAAACAUUCAGGCUUUCAUACCACAAUGCCUGUCAUAAUAAACAUGAUUAUAUAGAAGACCUGGGUUCAAAUACUAUUUGAACCCAGGUCUGGAUUGUCAUUGUGGAUGCAACGUUUUCUGCAGCUGUGCGCAAUCUACAAUAAUGCUGACUGGCUCGAGUAAUUAUGCACUGUACAGUACAUUUCACAAUCAACAGUUGUUUCUCAGAAACAUAGUUGCUCUGAACAAACAUCCUCUUUUUAUUUAUGUAUUCAUAAGUAUGACGGAGUAUGUGUUGCUUUCCCCCACACAUACUUUAGGGAAUGUUGUCACUCGUUUUUGGAAGCGAUCUCUGUUGUCUUCUACUCCCUUUUCCCAUCAUCUCUCCAUCUCCCAAUCUAUUUUCCCUCUCUUUCUUUCCUACACACUUUCCCCUUUCCCUCCAUUUCUCCUUCCAUCCCUUGCUCCCUGUCUCACUACCCUCCCUCUUCAUCUUUCUUUCUUUCUUUCUUUCUUUCUUUCUUUCUUUCUUUCUUUCUUUCUUUCUUUCUUUCUUUCUUUCUUUCUUUUUCUUUCUUUCUUUCUUUCUCUUUCUUUCUUUCUUUCGAUUCUCAUCACUAAUCUCUGUUAGCAGCAGUAACCUAACCUCCCUCUCUACCAUGCCUGUCCCUGAGAUACCACAGCCCCGGGCAGGAUGUGUGGCCCUUCCUGGUCCUCCUAGUCUACACUCAAAAUAGAAACUAUCGGUCAAAAGGCGCCUAUAUAGAGGUCUAUAUCUGUCAUGCAACAACAACAGCUCCUCCCCUGCACCACUUCCUGGACUUGAACCGUAGUGGGUGCUGGGUAGAGGGGGGUGAUAGAUUUCUCCCAACGCCAACCACUGAUACAGGGUCAGAUACCUUUUCAUCCUCCGAAAUGGAUUAGGGUUGAGGCAGCCUGUUGCAAUUCAGGACAAUGUGUACAUUUCUUAUGAGACCUAUUCAGAUUGGGGAAAGGGUCACCUGGCGGGGUGUGGGGUGGGCGGAGCGGAGCGGGGUCUGGUACAUAUAGAAUACUCAUUAGUCUGAAUUAAGGAAUGCAUCCUUCCUCAGGUUCCUUUACAGCAGAGUCCCAUGGCUAUUACCACUGAUGACAUUAAUCAUGAGCCUUUUCCCGGAAUGCUGGAGAGAAUCUAUUCUAGACCAAUCAAUGGCAGUAUGUGUGGGAGGCAUGGCAUAUCACAUCAGCCUUGGGGAUUUACUGCUGCCAUUUACAUUGGCUCAUUAUGGGAUUUUCAAUACCAUGAUGGAUGUCAUUGAUGUGGCAGGGAAGGUGUGUGUGCUAGGGCAGGUGUGUCUGUGUGAGUGUGUGUACGCAUUAAUCAGUGUGUCCGCAUCCGUGUGUGUGUGUGUGUGUAUGUGCUAGUAUGUAUCUCUACGUGCGAGUCCCCUUUAUGUGGUGGUGUAUCCUGAGGAAGCCAGUCUAGCAGGUCUGUCAAUGAGAGCCUUGAUGAUGAGAAGCAUUGAUGAGGCCAGUCAGUCCUGCAGCUAGCAGCAGUCACUGCAGUAAACAAACGGCAUCAUUCACCACUCUGCACCAACCGCGAUGUUCCCACCGUCGCCCCUGUUAGUAUGCAUGCAUCACAAUCACAGACAGUUCGCCAGGCCAUUCCACGGUGAUGGGGAAAAAAGCACUCAAACACUGCGGCCAAUUCUCCCGGCGUGUUAGUGCCUUCUCGCUGUAGCAUUUGCAAAGCGUAAAAAUCACUGUGUGAUACAUUGAUAUUGUUUUGAUUAUUUAAUUUCAGACUCAGAUUUAUGUAUUGUUUUUUGUUGUCUACGGGUUAAUGUUGCCUGGAGACAUACAAUGACAUGAAUCGAAGAGGGGCUUAGAGCAUAUAAGGGUGCGUGUGUGCGUGUGUGUGUAUGUGUGCGUGUGUGUGUGUGACUGGUACACAACGGCAGCUCUUAGCCCAUCGGUGAGGGAAUAUACAGUAGUAGAAGUAAUGGUCGGACAGUCAGAAUAGACACUGUGGAUCAGCGGCCCUUAACCCCCACCCCCCUCAAUACCCCCACACCCCUUAAGCUGCCCUAUCAAUAGUCCUAGACCAUCGUCACCGGGCGGAGGGUGAGCUUCACCCGAAACAAUCCAUCCACCCAGAGCUAGAGCUGUUGAAUCAACAUUGCGAUAGAAACCAAAACCUCAGAACGGAGAGUGAAAUAAAGGGAUGGAGAGGGGACUUGUUCUUUGGUUCUAGUAAAGGAGGAACUGUCACCUGGGUGAUAAGUGUGUGGCUUCUUUAGGACGGGUUAAUUUCAGCCUUUGGUGAUAAGGGAGAAUGGACCCAUCGUUUCUAUUGUGUUGCUGAAGGACCGUUGAAACAGUGAGGUCAGAAUUCAGAGAGCUAUUCAGAGGAGGGCAGGUCCUAGUCUCUAUGGAGAGAGGCUGGUUGGUGGAGAAGUCGGUGGCGUCAUUGCAGUCGCGUAGGUUAUCAGAUCCCGCAAUGCCUGGAGAAAUCAGAGGAACACAUACCUGUACGUGACGAUGAUAUUAGUGAAGAUGAUACCUAUCUAGCAGGUGCAGCGUGACUGAAAAAAAGACAACCGGCAACGUCACCCUCCUCACAAGAUCAGACUGCACUUGAAAGAUGGUGCCAACAGGGAAGAACAGAGAAGUGACUUGUGAUACCACACAUUUGGAGACAACAGUUUCUGCUCUAUAAAUUUUUCAUAAAUAUAGUCCACUCUGGUACACUUCUGGGGUUUUCUCUAGCUUCCUCAAUUCAGCACACAAAGUUCAUUUUCAACUAAAAACUCAGACAAGAGAAAGUUUGUGGCUGGAUGCAGUAUUGUUAGCUGUAAAACAGAUUAAGCCAACAACACAUUACCGUAUUUAAUGACAGGGUUGAAGCUUUGAUGAUGUCUUCAGGUUACAAGUCCAUGUAUUUAUAUAACCAUAACAGACCAGAAGUAUUUGUCUUAUUGGCGUGACUAUAGUAUGCAUUGGUUGAAGCCCAAUGUUAAAUUCUAAUCUAAAAACCAGCAGCAUCCCACGCUGCAUCCCACUGCUGGCUUGCCUCUGAAGCUAAGCAGCGUUGGUCCUUGUCGGUCUCUGGAUGGGAGCCCAGAUGCUGCUGGAAGUGAUGUUGGAGGGCCAGUAGGGGGCAGUCUUCUCCGGUCUAAGUACUGAACAAAAAUAUAAACGCAACAUGCAACAAUUUCAAAGAUUUUACUGAGUUACAUGUUCAUAGGAAAUCAGUGAAUUUAAAUUAAUUAAUUAGGCCCUAAUCUAUUGAUUUUACGUGUCUGGGAAUACAGAUAUUCAUCUGUUGGUCACAGAUGCCUUAAAAAAAAGGCACGACAAUGGCACGUCAAUGGGACUUAGGAUCUCAUCACAGUAUCUCUGUGCAUUCAAAUUGUGUUCGUUGUCUGUAGCUUAUGCCUGCCCAUACCAUAACACCACCGCCACCGUGGGGCACUCUGUUCACAACAUCAACAAACUGCUCGUCCACACGACGCCAUUCAAAACUUGUGACAUUAUGUUGUGUGACAAAACUGCACAUUUUAGAGUGGCCUUUUAUUGUCCCCAGCACAAGGUGCACCUGUGUAAUGAUUAUGCUGUUUAAUCAGCUUCUUGAUAUGCCACACCUGUCAGGUGGAUGGAUUCUCUUGCCGAAGGAGAAAUGCUCACUAACAGGGAUGUAAACAAAUUUGUUCACAAAAUUUGAGAGAAAUAAGCUUUUUUGUGUGCAUGGAACAUUUCUGAGAUCUUUUAUUUCAGCUCAUGAAACAUGGUACCAACACUUUACAUGUUGUGUUUUAUAUUUUUGUUCAGUGUAGAUCUCAGGCAUUGAAGGGGACAUUGCCCUGUGUAGGGUGCCGUCUUUCGGAUGGGACGUUAAACGGGUGUCCUGACUCUCUGUGGUCAUAAAAAAAUCCCAUGGCACUUAUCGUAAGAGUAGGGGUGGUAACCUUGGUGACAUGGGAUUGAACAAGAAAGCCUGCAUAACCCUGUAGCUCUUCAAGAGCAAUUAGGCCUUCCAUCAGUAAACUUUAAAGUAGAUUUUCAUGUAAAUAGUUAAUGAGUACAUGUUGAUUAUUUUGUGUAUUGUUCCAGGAGCUUUCUCGGUUGUCUUGUUAAAAGAUAUCAGGGAUUUAUCUAUAUGAGUGACUGUGUCGAACACAACGCCUCCUGUUAUGUUGGGAACCUAAUGACCAAAACAGAUCCUAUGAAAUAUAUUUGUUUUUCAAUGACAUGUAUUGUUAAAAUAAAGGUUUAAGGAAAUACAGGCAGGCACCACAUUACUACAAGACAAAACAGUUCAUUCAAUCAAGCCUUGAAAAGGUAGUGGAAUGGGGUAAUGUCUUAGUGUGGGGUGGGAAUAAUGCAAUACAUUACCUUGUAUGCGGAACAAAUCACAUUAUUGUGGGAGCACCUCCUCUAAAGCUGUGUUCACAUUGGCAGUUUGAAGUGACUCAAAUCCUAUUUAUUUGCAUAUCUGAUUCAAAUCUGUUCUUUUUCCUGCAGUCUGAACAGCCAAAAAGCACACCUUCGUAGGUGGUUUGAAGUCAGAUACAAAUCUGAUUCCUGGCCAUGUGACUUGUUUCUGAACGGUCAAAUCUGAUUUAUUUGCCCUCAAGUGGCAUAUUUUGUUGCUUGCUAGCUACUCUGUUGACUGUUUGACAAGAACAUGUGGUAGCUAACUAGCUUGUUAAUCGUUUACAAACAAAUGAGUGAAUGUGCUAGAAAGCUAAACAGCUACCUAGCUAGCUAGUUGACUGCUGUGGCUAGCCAAAAGGACUCGUUUUGAAAGUUGGAUCAUUUUAUCCUUUUGAGGGAUUAAAAGUGUUCUUACCCUGUGAUUUUGAACAUUCAAAGCAACUGGGAAACGUCCAUGGCAGGCAUUGGUGUCAGCUUAGCUUGCUACAUAACUUCUGAGUGAUAGGAAGCACAAGCACCACCACUAAUCAGCCUACACCACUGCACACACACAUGUUGUUUCUAUGACAAUUAGCAUAUCCUAGUCAGCAAAUGCCGUCAGAACACACACACAUCCGAUUUGGUCACUUGUAACUUGCUGCUUGGACAGUCAGUAGUCCAAAACAAAUUUUAAGAACAAAACUGAUUUGAGCGUUAAGGCCUGCAGUGUGAACAAGGCUUUAGAGUAUGAAUUAGGCUGUUUUUAGAAGGUUUGAAUCCUAAGCAACCUGCAUACACAUUGUUUGAAGUAGAAUAGACCAACAUAGCUACUGUAGUAGGUCAAAGCUGUGUGCUGGAAAACCUUGGUAGAGCAUGGGUGAAGUACACAUUGUGGUGCUCAUGUGAAUGUCCUUUUUUGGCUUCAGACCAAUGCAUACUUCUCACUUAAAAUGUAAUUUUUUGUUUUUAAUAGAGGUACUGGACUAACUGUGUGGCAGCAGCACCUCUGUCUUCCUGCUUUUACUGACUGAUGGUAAAGGGCUUUGAGGUCUCUCUCUCACUCUCUUUCUCUCUCUCGCUCUCCUGCUCUGAGCCCCUGUGGUAUGUUUGUGUCUCAGACUGCUCGUGAAGCCUGUAAUUGAGUGUGUCCGCUCUGCAGCAGAAUCAGCCAAGGGAAGAAGGCUUCUUUCUUUUGUGACACACACUUCGGCUGCAAUGCCAACAUCCAUUCCCUAUGUAAACCAGCCACCAAAGAUCACCGUUCUGGCUGGUGCAGGCUAGAGUCCUAACACACACACAGGCACGCAAGCAUGCAUGUGCACAUGACACACACACACCAACCCUCCAUCUCUACCCCCUAUGCAGUGGAGACCUAAUGCACAUACCCACAAUAUCUAAAAGCAAUCAAACCUCAGAGCUAAUAUGAAUUCCUGGGAACCGUAGCCAGAACAUACAGAUGUAGGAUCUAAAUCUGAUCACCCUGUUGCAGGAGAGCUUUCCUGCAAUGCAGGAAAUGUAAAACUUGUAGUCUAUUUGUGGUUUAAAAAGGCUUCUAAAUAUUGUAAUUUUCCCUUACAAAAAAUGUAUCAACCCCUACAAAAAUGUCAAACAAUUAUAAUCCACAUAAUAAUUAACCUUUCCUGUUGCUGCAGGAUUAUUUUCCUGCUGUAGCAAACUGGCUCAAAUUAAGAUCAUACAUAUCAAUGCACUAACCACAGCUCUCUACUGUGCUCAAUAACAGUUCAGUUUGGCCUAUUUUAUCUCCUGACUGGUGACAAAAGUAUUUCACUACCCCAUAAAUAUGGCAACAGUGUAAUGAGUGUACACCUCAUGGAAUGGUCUCUCUCUCUCUGGCUGGGCAUCUAGUUGUGUGUGCGUGUGUGUCUCUGUGUGUGCCUGCAUGUGUGUAUGGGUGGGCGUGAGGAUGUGUUGCCACCCCGCUGAGCAGUACCUCACUAAAAUAGCAUACUAAGAAAAACCAGGAUAACAGUUUCUUUUGAAUGUGGAACCACAGAGUGAGAUGAUUGACACGCCUUGUAUUAUUUCCCCUGUGUGCAAGUUAAUGACUGCAAUGCUAUUUCAGGAAGAUGUGGUUUUCCGGGUGAAAGGGGGCUAUUGCAAGACUGACAGACUUAUCAGUCUUGUUGUCUGUGGGUUUCUCUCAGUCACAUCCCAUACGGUAAAAAAAUACAUUUCAAAUACAUGUAGAUUUAUUGCAUCUUUGCUCAAAUGCAUGUAAUGCCUUAAAAUGUAUUCCAGAUAUAUAUAAAAAAAAGUAUAAAUGAAACCUUUAAUUAACUAGGCAAGUCAGUUAAGGACACAUUCUUAUUUACAAUGACGGCCUACCAAAAGGCAAAAGGCCUCCUGCGGAGACGGGGCUGGGAUUAAAAAUAUAGGACAAAACACACAUCAUGAAAAGAGAGACACCACAACACUACAUAAAGAGAGACCUAAGACGACAACAUAGCAUGGCAGCAACACAUGACAACACAGCAUGGUAGCAAAACCACAUGACCACAACAUGGUAGCAGCACAAAAUAUGGUACAAACAUUAUUGGGCACAGACAACAGCACAAAGGGCAAGAAGGUAGAGACAACAAUACAUCACACGAAGCAGCUCGUUCCAGUCGAUAGCUGCAGCAAACUGAAAAGAGGAGCGACCCAGGGAUGUGUGUGCUUUGAGGACCUUUAACAGAAUGUGACUGGCAGAACGGGUGUUGUAUGUGGAGGAUGAGGGCUGCAGUAGGUAUCUCAGAUAGGGGGGAGUGAGGCCUAAGAGGGUUUUAUAAAUAAGCAUCAACCAGUGGGUCUUGCGACGGGUAUACAGAGAUGACCAGUUUACAGAGGAGUAUAGAGUGCAGUGACGUGUCCUAUAAGGAGCAUUGGUGGCAAAUCUGAUGGCCGAAUGGUAAAGAACAUCUCCGUAAUCUAGCAUGGGUAGGAUGGUCAUCUGAAUCAGGGUUCGUUUGGCAGCUGGGGUGAAAGAGGAGCGAUUACGAUAGAGGAAACCAAGUCUAGAGUUAACCUUAGCCUGCAGCUUUGAUAUGUGCUGAGAGAAGGACAGUGUACCGUCUAGCCAAAGACUCCCAAAUACUUGUAUGAGUUUACUACCUUAAGCUCUAAACUCAGAGGUAGUAAUCACACCAGUGGGGAGAUGGGCAUUCUUCUUACCAAACCACAUUACCUUUGUUUAGCAGGUGUUCAGAACAAGGUUAAGGGCAGAGAAAGCUGGUUGGACACUAAGAAAGCUUUGUUGUAGAGCGUUUAACACAAAAUCCGGGGAGGGGCCAGCUGAGUAUAAGACUGUAUCAUCUGCAUAUACAGUCGUGGUCAAAAGUUUUGAGAAUGACACAAAUACAAAUUUUCACAAAGUCUGCUGCCUCAGUUUUGAUGAUGUCAAUUUGCAUAUACUCCAGAAUGUCAUGAAGAGUGAUCAGAUGGAUUGCAAUUAAUUGCAAAGUCCCUCUUUGCCAUGAAAAUGAACUUAAUCCCAAAAAACCUUUCCACUGCAUUUCAGCCCUGCCACAAAAGGACCAGCUGCCAUCAUGUCAGUGAUUCUCUCGUUAACACAGGUGAGAGUUGACGAGGACAUGGCUGGAGAUCACUCUGUCAUGCUGAUUGGGUUAGAAUAACAGACUGGAAGCUUUAAAAGGAGGGUGGUGCUUGAAAUCAUUGUUCUUCCUCUGUUAACCAUGGUUACCUGCAAGGAAACACGUGCCGUCAUCAUUGCUUUGCACAAAAAGGGCUUCACAGGCAAGGAUAUUGCUGCUAGUAAGAUUGCACCUAAAUCAACCAUUUAUCGGAUCAUCAAGAACUUCAAGGAGAGAGGUUCAAUUGUUGUGAAGAAGGCGUCAGGGCGCCCAAGAAAGUCCAGCAAGCGCCAGGACCGUCUCCUAAAGUUGAUUCAGCUACGGGAUCGAGGCACCACCAGUGCAGAGCUUGCUCAGGAAUGGCAGCAGGCAGGUGUGAGUGCAUCUGCACGCACAGUGAGGCAAAUACUUUUGGAGGAUGGCCUGGUGUCAAGAAGGGCAGCAAGAAGCCACUUCUCUCCAGGAAAAACAUCAGGGACAGACUGAUAUUCUGCAAAAGGUACAGGGAUUGGACUGCUGAGGACUGGGGUAAUGUCAUUUUCUCUGAUGAAUCCCCUUUCCGAUUGUUUGGGGCAUCCGGAAAACACCUUGUUCGGAGAAGACAAGGUGAGCGCUACCAUCAGUCAUGUGUCAUGCCAACAGUAAAGCAUCCUGAGACCAUUCAUGUGUGGGGUUGCUUCUCAGCCAAGGGAGUGGGCUCACUCACAAUUUUGCCCAAGAACACAGCCAUGAAUAAUGAAUGGUACCAACACAUCCUCCGAGAGCAACUUCUCCCAACCAUCCAAGAACAGUUUGGUGACGACCAAUGCCUUUUCCAACAUAAUGGAGCACCUUGCCAUAAGGCAAAAGUGAUAACUAAGUUGGCUCGGGGAUAAAACAUCGACAUUUUGGGUCCAUAGCCAGGAAACUCCCCAGACCUUAAUCCCAUUGAGAACUUGUGGUCGAUCCUCAAGAGGCGGGUGGACAAACAAAAACCCACAAAUUCUGACAAACUCCAAGCAUUAUGCAAGAAUGGGCUGCCAUCAGUCAGGAUGUGGCCCAGAAGUUAAUUUACAGUAUUCCAGGGCGGAUUGCAGAGGUCUUGAAAAAGAAGGGUCAACACUGCAAAUAUUGACUCAUUGCAUAAACUUAAUGUAAUGUCAAUAAAAGCCUUUGACACUUAUAGAAUGCUUGUAAUUAUACUUCAGUAUACCAUAGUAACAUCUGACAAAAAUAUCUAAUUACACUGAAGCAGCAAACUUUGUGAAGACCAAUACUUGUGUCAUUCUCAAAACAGUGGCUUUCGGAAGUAUUCACCCCCCUUGGCAUUUUUCCUAUUUUGUUGCCUUACAACCUGGAAUUAAAAUGGAUUUUUGGGGGAUUUGUAUCAUUUGAUUUACACAACAUGCCUACCACUUUGAAGAUGCAAAAUAUUUUCUCUUGUGAAACAAACAAGAAAUAAGACAGAAAAACUGAAAACUUGAGCGUGCAUAACUAUUCACCCCCCCCAAAGUCAAUACUUUGUAGAGCUACCUUUUGCAGCAAUUACAGCUGCAAGUCUCUUGGGGUAUGACUCUAUAAGCUUGGCACAUCUAGCCACUGGGAUUUUUGCCCAUUCUUCAAAGCAAAACUGCUCCAGCUCCUUCAAGUUGGAUGGGUUCCGCUGGUUUACAGCAAUCUUUAAGUCAUACCACAUAUUCUCAAUUGGAUUGAGGUCUGGGCUUUGACUAGGCCAUUCCAAGACAUUUAAAUGUUUCCCCUUAAACCACUUGAGUCUUUAUUUUUAUUUAUGUAUUUUUCCAAAUAUAUAUAUAUAUAUAUACACACACACACACACACAGUGGGGAAAAAAAGUAUUUAGUCAGCCACCAAUUGUGCAAGUUCUCCCACUUAAAAAGAUGAGAGAGGCCUGUAAUUUUCAUCAUAGGUACACGUCAACUAUGACAGACAAAUUGAGAUUUUUUUUCUCCAGAAAAUCACAUUGUAGGAUUUUUUAUGAAUUUAUUUGCAAAUUAUGGUGGAAAAUAAGUAUUUGAUUACCUACAAACAAGCAAGAGUUCUGGCUCUCACAGACCUGUAACUUCUUCUUUAAGAGGCUCCUCUGUCCUCCACUCGUUACCUGUAUUAAUGGCACCUGUUUGAACUUGUUAUCAGUAUAAAAGACACCUGUCCACAACCUCAAACAGUCACACUCCAAACUCCACUAUGGCCAAGACCAAAGAGCUGUCAAAGGACACCAGAAACAAAAUUGUAGACCUGCACCAGGCUGGGAAGACUGAAUCUGCAAUAGGUAAGCAGCUUGGUUUGAAGAAAUCAACUGUGGGAGCAAUUAUUAGGAAAUGGAAGACAUACAAGACCACUGAUAAUCUCCCUCGAUCUGGGGCUCCACGCAAGAUCUCACCCCGUGGGGUCAAAAUGAUCACAAGAACGGUGAGCAAAAAUCCCAGAACCACACGGGGGGACCUAGUGAAUGACCUGCAGAGAGCUGGGACCAAAGUAACAAAGCCUACCAUCAGUAACACACUACGCCGCCAGGGACUCAAAUCCUGCAGUGUCAGACGUGUCCCCCUGCUUAAGCCAGUACAUGUCCAGGCCCGUCUGAAGUUUGCUAGAGUGCAUUUGGAUGAUCCAGAAGAGGAUUGGGAGAAUGUCAUAUGGUCAGAUGAAACCAAAAUAGAACUUUUUGGUAAAAACUCAACUCGUCGUGUUUGGAGGACAAAGAAUGCUGAGUUGCAUCCAAAGAACACCAUACCUACUGUGAAGCAUGGGGUGGAAACAUCAUGCUUUGGGGCUGUUUUCUGCAAAGGGACCAGGACGACUGAUCCGUGUAAAGGAAAGAAUGAAUGUGGCCAUGUAUCGUGAGAUUUUGAGUGAAAACCUCCUUCCAUCAGCAAGGGCAUUGAAGAUGAAACGUGGCUGGGUCUUUCAGCAUGACAAUGAUCCCAAACACACCCGCCCGGGCAACGAAGGAGUGGCUUCGUAAGAAGCAUUUCAAGGUCCUGGAGUGGCCUAGCCAGUCUCCAGAUCUCAACCCCAUAGAAAAUCUUUGGAGGGAGUUGAAAGACUGUUUGCCCAGUGACAGCCCCAAAACAUCACUGCUCUAGAGGAGAUCUGCAUGGAGGAAUGGGCCAAAAUACCAGCAACAGUGUGUGAAAACCUUGUGAAGACUUACAGAAAACGUUGUGACCUGUGUCAUUGCCAACAAAGGGUAUAUAACAAAGUAUGAGAAACUUUGUUAUUGGCCAAAUACUAUUUUCCACCAUAAUUUGCAAAUAAAUUCAUGAAAAAUCCUUACAAUGUGAUUUUCUGGAUUUUUCUCCUCAUUUUGUCUGUCAUAGUUGAUGUGUACCUAUGAUGAAAAUUACAGGCCUCUCUCAUCUUUUUAAGUGGGAGAACUUGCACAAUUGGUGGCUGACUAAAUACUUUUUUUCCCGUAUGUAUGUAUGUAUGUAUGUAUGUAUGUUGUAUGUAUGUAUGUAUGUAUGUAUGUAGUAUGUAUGUGUGUGUGUGUGUAUUAUAUAUAUAUAUAUAUAUAUAUAUAUAUAUACACAGUGAGGGGAGAAAAGUAUUUGAUCCCCUGCUGAUUUUGUACGUUUGCCCACUGACAAAUACAUGAUCAGUCUAUAAUUUUAAUGGUAGGUUUAUUUGAACAGUGAGAGACAAAUAACAACAAAAAAAAUCCAGAAAAAUGCAUGUCAAAAAUGUUAUAAAAUUCAUUUGCAUUUUAAUGAGGGAAAUAGUAUUUGACCCCCUCUCAAUCAGAAAGAUUUCUGGCUCCCAGGUGUAUUUUAUACAGGUAACGAGCUGAGAUUAGAUGCACACUCUUAAAGGGAGUGCUCCUAAUCUCUGCUUGUUACCUGUAUAAAAGACACCUGUCCACAGAAGCAAUCAAUCAAUCAGAUUCCAAACUCUCCCCAUGGCCAAGACCAAAUACCUCUCCAAGGAUGUCAGGGACAAGAUGUAGACCUACACUAGGCUGGAAUGGGCUACAAGACCAUCGCCAAGCAGCUUGGUGAGAAGGAGACAAACAUUUGGGGGCGAUUCUUCGCAAAUGGAAAGAAACACAAAAGACCUGUCAAUCUCCCUCGGCCUGGGGCUCCAUGCAAGAUCUCACCUCGUGGAGUUGCAAUGAUCAUGAGAACGGUGAGGAAUCACCCAGAACUACACAGGAGGAUCUUGUUAAUGAUCUCAAGGCAGCUGGGACCAUAGUCACCAAGAAAACAAUUGGUAACACACUAUGCCGUGAAAGACUGAAAUCCUGCAGCGCCCGCAAGGUCCCCCUGCUCAAGAAAGCACAUAUACAGGGCAGUCUGAAGUUUGCCAAUGAACAUCUGAAUGAUUCAGAGGAGAACUGGGUGAAAGUGUUGUGGUCAGAUGAGACCAAAAUCGAGCUCUUUGGCAUCAACUCAACUCGCCGUGUUUGGAGGAGGAGGAAUGCUGCCUAUGACCCUAAGAACCCAUCCCCACCGUCAAACAUGGAGGUGGAAACAUUUAUGCUUUGGGGGAGUUUUUCUGCUAAGGGGGACAGGACAACUUCACCCGCAUCAAGGGGAACGAUGGGAUGGGGCCAUGUACCGUCAAAUCUUGGGUGAGAACCUCCCUUCCCUCGCCAUGGCAUUGAAAAAUGGGUCAUGGAUGGGUAUCCAGCAUGACAAUGAACCAAACACACGGCCAAGGCAAUAAGGAGUGGCUCAAGAAGAAGCACAUUAAGGGUCCUGGAGUGGCCUAGCCAGUCUCCAGACCUCAAUCCCGUAGAAAAAUCUGUGGGAGGGGAGCUGAAGGUUCGAGUUGCCAAACGUCAGCCUCAACCUUAAUGACUUGGAGAAGAUCUGCAAAGAGAAGUGAACAAAAAUCCCCCUGAGAUGUUUGUGCAAACCUGGUGGCCAACUACAGAAACUGUCUGACCUCUGUGAUUGCCACCAAGGGUUUUGCCACUAAGUUAUGUUUUGGCAGAGGGGUCAAAUACUUAUUUCCCUCAUUAAAAAGCAAAUCAAUUUAUAACAUUUUUGAAUGCGUUUUUCGGAUUUUUUUUUUGAUUCUGUUCACACUGUUCAAUAACCUACCCUUUUAAAAUUUUAGAUAUAUGUCUUUGGCAGUGGGCAAACUACAAAAUCAGCAGGGGAAAAAAAUACUUUUUCCCCCCUGUAUAUAUAUAUAUAAUUUUAAACAGGGGGGAAAAAAAGUAUUUAGUCACACCAAUUGUCAAGUUUCCCACUUAAAAGUGAGAGAGGGCCCGUAAUGUCAUAAGGUACACUCAACUAAAGACAAAAAAAAAAAAACCAAAAAAAAGGAAAAAAAAAAAAAAAAAGGGAAAAAAAUUCCAAAAACCCCCCCUUUUUGGGGGGGGUUUUUUUUUUGAAUUUUUUUUUUUCCCCCCCCUUUGUGGUAAAUUUGGGGACGACCAAUGCCUUUCCAACAUGAUGGAGCACCUUGCCAUAAGGCAAAAGUGAUAACUAAGUUGGCUCGGGGAUAAAACAUCGACAUUUUGGGUCCAUGGCCAGGAAACUCCCCAGACCUUAAUCCCAUUGAGAACUGUGGUCGAUCCUCAAGAGGCGGGUGGACAAACAAAAACCCACGAAUUCUGACAAACUCCAAGCAUUAUGCAAGAAUGGGCUGCCAUCAGUCAGGAUGUGGCCCAGAAGUUAAUUUACAGUAUUCCAGGGCGGAUUGCAGAGGUCUUGAAAAAGAAGGGUCAACACUGCAAAUAUUGACUCAUAGCAUAAACUUAAUGUAAUGUCAAUAAAAGCCUUUGACACUUAUAGAAUGCUUGUAAUUAUACUUCAGUAUACCAUAGUAACAUCUGACAAAAAUAUCUCAUUACACUGAAGCAGCAAACUUUGUGAAGACCAAUACUUGUGUCAUUCUCAAAACAGUGGCUUUCGGAAGUAUUCACCCCCCUUGGCAUUUUUCCUAUUUUGUUGCCUUACAACCUGGAAUUAAAAUAUAUUUUUGGGGGAUUUGUAUCAUUUGAUUUACACAACAUGCCUACCACUUUGAAGAUGCAAAAUAUUUUCUCUUGUGAAACAAACAAGAAAUAAGACAAAAAAACAGAAAACUUGAGCGUGCAUAACUAUUCAAAGUCAAUACUUUGUAGAGCUACCUUUUGCAGCAAUUACAGCUGCAAGUCUCUUGGGGUAUGACUCUAUAAGCUUGGCACAUCUAGCCACUGGGAUUUUUGCCCAUUCUUCAAAGCAAAACUGCUCCAGCUCCUUCAAGUUGGAUGGGUUCCGCUGGUGUACAGCAAUCUUUAAGUCAUACCACAUAUUCUCAAUUGGAUUGAGGUCUGGGCUUUGACUAGGCCAUUCCAAGACAUUUAAAUGUUUCCCCUUAAACCACUUGAGUCUAUUUUUCCGAAUAUAUAUAUAUAUAUAUAUAUAAAAAAGUAAUUAGUCAGCCACCAAUUGUGCAAGUUCUCCCACUUAAAAAGAUGAGAGAGACCUGUAAUUUUCAUCAUAGGUACACGUCAACUAUGACAGACAAAUUGAGAUUUUUUUUCUCCAGAAAAUCACAUUGUAGGAUUUUUAAUGAAUUUAUUAGCAAAUUAUGGUGGAAAAUAAGUAUUUGGUCACCUACAAACAAGCAAGAUUUCUGGCUCUCACAGACCUGUAACUUCUUCUUUAAGAGGCUCCUCUGUCCUCCACUCAUUACCUGUAUUAAUGGCACCUGUUUGAACUUGUUAUCAGUAUAAAAUACACCUGUCCACAACCUCAAACAGUCACACUCCAAACUCCACUAUGGCCAAGACCAAAGAGCUGUCAAAGGACACCAGAAACAAAAUUGUAGACCUGCACCAGGCUGGGAGACUGAAUCUGCAAUAGGUAAGCAGCUUGGUUUGAAGAAAUCAACUGUGGGAGCAAUUAUUAGGAAAUGGAAGAUAUACAAGACCACUGAUAAUCUCCCUCGAUCUGGGGCUCCACGCAAGAUCUCACCCCGUGGGGUCAAAAUGAUCACAAGAACGGUGAGCAGAAAUCCCAGAACCACACGGGGGGGACCUAGUGAAUGACCUGCAGAGAGCUGGGACCAAAGUAACAAAGCCUACCAUCAGUAACACACUACGCCGCCAGGGACUCAAAUCCUGCAGUGCCAGACGUGUCCCCCUGCUUAAGCCAGUACAUGUCCAGGCUCGUCUGAAGUUUGCUAGAGUGCAUUUGGAUGAUCCAGAAGAGGAUUGGGAGAAUGUCAUAUGGUCAGAUUAAACCAAAAUAGAACUUUUUGGUAAAAACUCAACUCGUCGUGUUUGGAGGACAAAGAAUGCUGAGUUGCAUCCAAAGAACACCAUACCUACUGUGAAGCAUGGGGGUGGAAACAUCAUGCUUUGGGGCUGUUUUUCUGCAAAGGGACCAGGACGACUGAUCCGUGUAAAGGAAAGAAUGAAUGGGGCCAUGUAUCGUGAGAUUUUGAGUGAAAACCUCCUUCCAUCAGCAAGGGCAUUGAAGAUGAAACGUGGCUGGGUCUUUCAGCAUGACAAUGAUCCCAAACACACCGCCCGGGCAACGAAGGAGUGGCUUCGUAAGAAGCAUUUCAAGGUCCUGGAGUGGCCUAGCCAGUCUCCAGAUCUCAACCCCAUAGAAAAUCUUUGGAGUGAGUUGAAAGUCCGUGUUGCCCAGCGACAGCCCCCAAAACAUCACUGCUCUAGAGGAGAUCUGCAUGGAGGAAUGGGCCAAAAAUACCAGCAACAGUGUGUGAAAACCUUGUGAAGACUUACAGAAAACGUUUGACCUGUGUCAUUGCCAACAAAGGGUAUAUAACAAAGUAUUGAGAAACUUUUGUUAUUGACCAAAUACUUAUUUUCCACCAUAAUUUGCAAAUAAAUUCAUGAAAAAUCCUACAAUGUGAUUUUCUGGAUUUUUUCUCCUCAUUUUGUCUGUCAUAGUUGAUGUGUACCUAUGAUGAAAAUUACAGGCCUCUCUCAUCUUUUUAAGUGGGAGAACUUGCACAAUUGGUGGCUGACUAAAUACUUUUUUCCCCCACUGUAUGUAUGUAUGUAUGUAUGUGUGUGUGUGUGUGUGUGUGUGUGUGUGUAUAUAUAUAUAUAUAUUUACACAGUGAGGGAGAAAAGUAUUUGAUCCCCUGCUGAUUUUGUACGUUUGCCCACUGACAAAUACAUGAUCAGUCUAUAAUUUUAAUGGUAGGUUUAUUUGAACAGUGAGAGACAGAAUAACAACAAAAAAAUCCAGAAAAAUGCAUGUCAAAAAUGUUAUAAAUUCAUUUGCAUUUUAAUGAGGGAAAUAAGUAUUUGACCCCCUCUCAAUCAGAAAGAUUUCUGGCUCCCAGGUGUCUUUUAUACAGGUAACGAGCUGAGAUUAGGAGCACACUCUUAAAGGGAGUGCUCCUAAUCUCAGCUUGUUACCUGUAUAAAAGACACCUGUCCACAGAAGCAAUCAAUCAAUCAGAUUCCAAACUCUCCACCAUGGCCAAGACCAAAUACCUCUCCAAGGAUGUCAGGGACAAGAUUGUAGACCUACACUAGGCUGGAAUGGGCUACAAGACCAUCGCCAAGCAGCUUGGUGAGAAGGAGACAACAUUUCGGGCGAUUCUUCGCAAAUGGAAGAAACACAAAAGACCUGUCAAUCUCCCUCGGCCUGGGGCUCCAUGCAAGAUCUCACCUCGUGGAGUUGCAAUGAUCAUGAGAACGGUGAGGAAUCAGCCCAGAACUACACAGGAGGAUCUUGUCAAUGAUCUCAAGGUAGCUGGGACCAUAGUCACCAAGAAAACAAUUGGUAACACACUACGCCGUGAAGGACUGAAAUCCUGCAGCGCCCGCAAGGUCCCCCUGCUCAAGAAAGCACAUAUACAGGGCCGUCUGAAGUUUGCCAAUGAACAUCUGAAUGAUUCAGAGGAGAACUGGGUGAAAGUGUUGUGGUCAGAUGAGACCAAAAUCAAGCUCUUUGGCAUCAACUCAACUCGCCGUGUUUGGAGGAGGAGGAAUGCUGCCUAUGACCCCAAGAACACCAUCCCCACCGUCAAACAUGGAGGUGGAAACAUUAUGCUUUGGGGGAGUUUUUCUGCUAAGGGGACAGGACAACUUCACCGCAUAAAGGGACGAUGGAUGGGGCCAUGUACCGUCAAAUCUUGGGUGAGAACCUCUUUACCUCAGCCAUGGCAUUGAAAAUGGGUCAUGGAUGGGUAUUCCAGCAUGACAAUGACCCAAAACACACGGCCAAGGCAAUAAAGGAGUGGCUCAAGAAGAAGCACAUUAAGGUCCUGGAGUGGCCUAGCCAGACCUCAAUCCCGUAGAAAAUCUAUGGAGGGAGCUGAAGGUUCGAGUUGCCAAACGUCAGCCUCGAAACCUUAAUGACUUGGAGAAGAUCUGCAAAGAGAAGUGGAACAAAAUCCCUCCUGAGAUGUGUGCAAACCUGGUGGCCAACUACAAGAAACGUCUGACCUCUGUGAUUGCCAACAAGGGUUUUGCCACCAAGUACUAAGUUAUGUUUUGCAGAGGGGUCAAAUACUUAUUUCCCUCAUUAAAAUGCAAAUCAAUUUAUAACAUUUUUGACAUGUGUUUUUCUGGAUUUUUUUGUUGUUAUUCUUUCUCUCACUGUUCAACUAGACCUACCAUUAAAAUUAUAGACUGAUCAUGUCUUUGUCAGUGGGCAAACGUACAAAAUCAGCAGGGGAUCAAAUACUUUUUUCCCUCACUGUAUAUAUAUAUAUAUACAGUGGGGAGAACAAGUAUUUGAUACACUGCCGAUUUUGCAGGUUUUCCUACUUACAAAGCAUGUAGAGGUCUGUAAUUUUUUAUCAUAGGUACACUUCAACUGUGAGAGACCAUGGUAGCAAGAUCUUAUCUAUUUUUGCUAACUUUCUAUUAAAAUGUAUUGGAGUGAGAUCAUUUAUUUCAUUUGGGAUAUGUAUUCCGAGUAUAUCCACAUCAUUAUGCACUAUAGCCUAUUUAUUGCCUUACCUCCAUAACUUGCUACAUUUGCACACACUGUAUAUAGAUUUUCUGUUGUAUUUUUGACUUUGUUUUAUUUUACCCCAUAUGUAACUCUGUGUUGUUUUUAUCGCACUGCUUUGCUUUAUCUUGGCCAGGUCGCAGUUGUAAAUGAGAACUUUUUCUCAACUGGCUUACCUGGUUAAAUAAAGGUGAAAUAAAAAAUAAAAAUCACCAUCAGACCAUUUUAUUGGUGAAACUACAUGGUAAUGUAACAUUUUUAUUUUUUAGUGAUCCAAUACGUAAUAUAGUACAUCUAUCAUAAUUUGGUUGUAAUCCAAACAGGUUAGAAAUGUAUCUAGAUCCUCUAUGAGGCUGUGGAGGGAUACAAGUUGUGGAUUUAAAAGAAAAUAUGAAUCAUCAGCGUACAAUGACACCUUUGUUUUUAAGCCCUGGAUUUCUAAUCCUUUGAUAUUAUUGUUGGAUCUGAUUUUAAUAGCUAACAUCUCGAUGGCCAUACUAAAUAGAUAUGCCGAUAGUGGACAUCCUUGUUUCACUCCUCUUGACAGUUUAAAACUUUCGGAGAAAUAGCCAUUAUUUACUAUUUUACACCUAGGGUUACUAUACAUGAUUUUAACCCAUUUAAUAAGAGAUUCUCCAAAAUUGAAAUGCUAAAGGCAUUUAUAUAUAAAUCCCAAUUGUACUUUAUCAAAUGCCUUUUCGAAGUCUGCUAUGAAUAGCAGGCCUGGUUUCCCAGAUUUUUCAUAGUGUUCUAUUUUUUCCAGUACUUGCCUUAUAUUAUCUCCAAUGCAUCUUCCAUGUAAAAAACCUGUAUGAUUAGAAUGAAUAAUGUCCGACAAUACCUUUUUAAUUCUAUGAGCUAUACAUUUUGCUAGAAUUUUUCCAUCACAACACUGAAGUGUAAGGGGCCUCCAAUUUUUUUAAUGGACUGGAUCUUUGUAUUUUCCACUUGUAUCCUGUUUCAGUAAUAAUGAAAUCAGACCUUCUUCUUGAGUGUCUGAUAAUCUACCAUUUACAUAGGAGUGGUUAAAACAUGCUAAUAACUGUCCUCUGAGUAUAUCAAAAAAAGGUUUGGUAUACCUCGACUGGUAUGCCAUCCAACCCUGGAGUUUUCCCGGACUUAAAGUCUUUAAUUGCAUCCAGAAGUUCCUCCUCUGUAAUUUCACUUUCACAUGAGUCUUUCUGUAUGGCUGUUAAUUUAACAUUAUCAAUAGAAAAAAAUCUCUACAAUUAACUUCAGUUAGAGGAGAUGGAGGCGACUGAAACGAAAACAUAUGCGUAAAGUACUUUGUUUCUUCCUUCAAAAUAUAAUUUGGUGAAUCAUGGGUGACUCCGUCAUUUGUAACCAGUUUCAGUACAUUCCUUUUGGUAGCAUUCCUAUGCUGAAGAUUAAAAAAUAAUUUGGUGAAUUUUUCCCCAUAUUCCAUCCAGUUUGCUUUAUUUUUAUAAUAUAUUACACUUGAUCUUUCUUGAAUAAGUUUCUCAAUUUCUUUUUGUUUUCCUCUCAUUUAUUCUGAGCCUCUAUGUUACAGUUUUUAUUGCUAUCUAUCUGUUCUGUUAGACCUUCUAUUUCCUUUGUUAGUAUGGACUCUUUUGACCUAAAUUGCUUUUGUUUUCGAGAUGAGUACUGAAUUGCAUGGCCUCUAAAGGCACAUUUAAAGGUGUCCCAUACAAUAAGGGGAUUUGCUGUACCUAAGUUAUGUCUGAAAAAAUCUGUUAUGAAUUCCUCUGUCCUAGUUAAAAACAAGUUAUCAUCCAAUAGGCUUUGAUUAAAUCUCCAAUAUCCUUGCCCACGUGGAAAUUCAGUAAGAGUAAUGUAUAUGGCAAUUAUAUGAUGGUCCGGCCGCAUUCUGUCCCCUAUCAACACUUUUUAAACUUUUGGUACCAACGAGAAUGACAUAAGAAAGAAGUCAAGUAGACUAGCUUGAUUGAGUCUCCGCCAUGUAUAUCUCACUAAAUCAGGAUAUUUAAGCCUCCAUAUAUCUACUAGUUCUAAUGUAUCCAUGACAUUCAUGAUUUCCUUAAGAGCAUGAGGGUGAUUGUUUGUAGUGUGACUUCCUUUACGGUCCAUUGAGCUAUUUAAAACAGUAUUUUAAUCUCCCACCAUAAUACUAGAGUCUUGAAUUGCUUGCAGGGUUGAUAAUGUAUUAUAUAUAUUGUCAAAGAAGUGUGGAUCAUCAUUAUUUGGUCCGUAAAGGUUAAUGAGUGUUGCUUUAGCAGUAUGCUUAGGGUCAUUGUCCUGCUGGAAGGUGAACCUCCGUCCCAGUCUCAAAUCUCUGGAAGACUGAAACAGGUUUCCCUCAAGAAUUUCCCUGUAUUUAGCGCCAUCCAUCAUUCCUUCAAUUCUGACCAGUUUCCCAGUCCCUGCCGAUGGAAAAACAUCCCCACAGCAUGAUGCUGUUCUCGGGGUGAUGAGAGGUGUUGGGUUUGCGCCAGACAUAGCAUUUUCAAAAAGCUCAAUUUUAGUCUCAUCUGACCAGAGUACCUUCUUCCAUAUUUUUGGCGAACACCAAACGUGUUUGCUUAUUUUCUUCUUUAAGCAAUGGCUUUUUUCUGGCCACUCUUCUGUAAAGGCCAGCUCUGUGGAGUGUACGGCUUAAAGUGAUCCUAUGGACAGAUACUCCAAUCUCCGCUGUGGAGCUUUGCAGCUCCUUCAAGGGUCACUUUGUUGCCUCUCUGAUUAAUGCCCUCCUUUCCUGGUCCGUGAGUUUUGGUGGGCGGCCCUCUCUUGGCAGGUUUGUUGUGGUGCCAUAUUCUUUCAAUUUUUUUAUAAUGGAAUUAAUUGUGCUCGGUGGGAUGUUCAAAGUUUUGGAUAUUAUUUUAUAACCCAACCCUGAUCUGUACUUCUCCACUACUUUGUCCCUGACCUGUUUGGAGAGCUCCACUUUUGAUAAACAGGGCAAAAUAGAAAUUGGCCUUAAACAGUUAGGAUCAGCUUGACCUCCCCCUUUAAAUAAAGAACGCACCAUGGCUGCCUUCCAAGCAUUGGGAACCUCCCCAGAGAGGAGAGACAGGUUAAAAGAUCAGAGAUAGGCUUGGCGAUGAUAGGGGCAGCAACCUUAAAGAAGAAAUGAUCUAAACCAUCUGACCCAGAUGGUUUUUAGGGAUCAAGUUUAAGGAGCUCCUUUAGCACCUCAGACUCAGUGACGGCCUACAGGAAGAAGCUUUGUAGCGGGGCAGGGGAAAAAGAGGGAGGAGCAUCGGGGCUAGUCGCAUUAGAAGUGGUGGGAGAUGAGGAAAUGUAGGACAGGCAAGGAGGCAUGGCUGAGUCCAAUAGGAAUCCUGACUUAAUGAAUUGGUGAUUAAAGAGCUCAGCCAUGUGCUCUUUGUCAGUAACAACCACAUCAUCAACAUUAAGGGACAUGGGCAGCUGUGAGGAGGAGGGUUUAUUCUCCAGGUCUUUAACCAUUUUCCAGAACUUCUUGGGGUUAGACCCACAGAGUGAGAACUGCUCCUUAAAGUAACUAACGUUGGCCUUCCUGAUAGCCUGAGUGCACUUAUUUCUAAUUUGCCUGAACGAGAGCCAGUAAUCCUGAGUAUGCGUGUGCCGAGCCUUUCACCAAAUGGAAUUCUUGAGGUGGAGUAAAUCUGCCAGAUCACGGUCUAACCUGUUUUUUUAUUAUCCUUUUCUUUAUGGGGGCGUGUUUGUUAACAAUACCGCUGAAAAUAUAUGCAUGUACAUACAGUACAUUUGCAUGUUUGCUCAAAUGCUUGAAAAUAUUCCUGAAAUGCAUGGCUAUGACAUCUAGUUUACAGGGGGGCCAAAGUGGUUCCUAAUUUUGGCUUCUUAAAUGACCCUUUACGUAUUGAUCAAUGGAGAUACUAUUUUGGGCUACCAAGCCAAAACAUUGGCAGUGAUAUAACUUAAAUUCUGAUGGUGAGUAAAAAUACAAAAUGUUUGAUUUCAUCACAUUUUUACAUUCUGCCAUAAAGAGCACAUGUUCAACUUUUUUUCCAUCUAAAGAGUUAAAAAAGUUACAAUAGUUAGUGCCUCUUCAGCUUAGUUAAAUAAUGGGGGAAAAAAUCAGAGAUCGGGGACUAGGUUGUUUUUAUAAAACAUUUUAAUUUGAGUUUUUAUCAAUUUCAACAAAAACGAUACAUCGUACAAUAUGUCAAAGUGUAGGUCUAGAUCUUGUGCUUCCAAUGAAUGGUAUUAUACGUUUCUACAGUGGAUGGUUAGCGGUGUUAUGGUGUGUUCGUAACCAAGUGGGAAGUGGAAAUUUGCCACAUCUAAGAAAAAUCUUACUUGAAAUGCCCUCCAACUGGUAAUUGCUAGUUAAAUAUUGUGACGGGGAAUAUAUUUAAAAAAACAUUUCCAAAUACAUUUUAAAUAUAUAAAAAAUAUACAGUAUUUACCAAAUAUACAUUCUUUAAUGUAUUUUACAAUGUAUUUUUUUCCCGUAUGGGAUGUUAUAUCCCUACGAACCACAAUGAGGUUCCCUGUACGUACUGUAAAAUACAUAUUUCUGAGUAUUGAGUCAAAUAUACUUUCUAGGCAACAUGGUCCCAUUAGAAUGUCAGAAUAGUGACGCUGAACCAUUGUAGGUAUACUGUAUGUCACCUGAUCUGUUGGUUUGCUCAAGUAUGCUGUUUUCAAAUGUAACGCUACCGCAAUCCAUCAGUAUCCAGCUACCGCAAUCCAUCAGUAUCCAGCUACCGCAAUCCAUCAGUAUCCAGACAUGUUAUUGUUCUAAUUCCAUUGUUUGAUGUUGUCAACAUUUCCUGUAUACUUCCUGGAUAUCUUGCAUAAUUAAAUCAGAGCGACAUAACAGACUAUUACUGGCAACCAUUCCAAACCCUGUACUGAUGCUCUCAUUUCUUUGUACAGGAGUUGAAUUUCUUGGGUGAAAUGUGUUUUCUGUGCAAUACCUUUUUAAUCUUCUCUAUCUUCACCUUGUCUUUUUGUGCCCAGGAGUGCAUUUGAAGUGGGAAGAAAGGGUAGAGGACAAAGAACACUGGGAAACGAGAGGAAGAGAAGAGGAGGAGAAAGAUGGAGCCUAGAUCUUUAGACCAGUCUGCGACGGUGGAUGAGCUGGUGGAAGCGUGCAUCCAAGCCUUUGGUCAGUCAGUCUCUUUAUUUGUCUAUGAGCACUCAAAUAUACAUGCUACUCAAUGUCUAAAUAAACAACAUAUACUCUUUGUGCAAUCAGAAGAACAUUUGCAGGAACAGAUUGCAAGGAGAAGAAGAUAAUAAUAUACUGUUUUCCGUAUGUCCAUGCACCACCUGAAGUAGCUCAUGUUGUCAGUCUCAAAUCAAUAAUAAUUGGUUGUCUUAUUUGCAGUAAGACUUCUAUAAUUUGGCUGAAAGGACGUACAGGGGAUGUUAAUUAAUGAGCAAUGCGUCUGUCCUCUUUCAGAUGAGACGGGCGCUUUGAGUGACCCCUCCGUAGUGCGCAUGUUCCUCAUGAUGCAUCCCUGGUACCUCCCCUCCACCGACAUGGCAAAGAAACUACUUCUCAAGUAUCCUUCACCAUCAGGCACCUGCUUACGGCUUAUCACAUCUAGUCAGCUACUGUAAGAUCAACAGAUACUCUUUAAGGUGCCAGUGAAUGGAAAGGAAGAGGUAAGAUGGAUGGAAUGUUCCUAGCGUGCAAAACUGGUUGCAAUGACGUCUUGUGCGGUCAGGCCAUGGUCAGGUUGUAUGCUGAUUGUAAAAGGACGUUUUUGAAAUGUCUUAGUAGAUGUUUUAUGUACCUUAACGGUUGAUCAGAUCACAGGAGGAGAGCUGCACUGCUGAGCUCAGGACAAGAAUCUGCCACUUGGUGAAGUAAGACACAUUCACAAUUGCUUUUGUUAUUAGGUUGGGGAAGUUUCUUUAUUGCUUACCUCUCCCUCACUAUCUCUCUCUCUCUCUCUCUCUUUCUAUCUCUCUUUCUAUCUCUCUUUCGCUUCCCUCCCUACCUAUCUCCCUCACUCCCUACCUCCCUACCUCUCUCUCUCUUUCUAGGUACUGGAUCAGUGAGUUCCCAGCGGAGUUCAAUCUAAACCCAGAGCUGGCAGAGCAGAUCAAAGACCUCAAGGACCUCUUGACCACUGAGGGGAAUGAGCGCCAGAGUCAGCUCAUCGACAUCGACAGUGUGUAAGUGUCCCCAUGUUACACUUCACUAAAGUGUGUGUGUUUGUGUCUAAUGAAGUGUGUCCCCGUUCCACUGUAAUUUCUCCCUCCACCAGCUUCCAUCAGUGUGUAUGUGUCCCCACGCUACACACAUUUCAAGUGUAUUUGCCGUAUAAGAAAUACUCAUCGGAGCUCUAACAAUAAAACAGCAUUUAAACAGACGAAAGUUUAGAAAACAGCAGAAAGUUCAGUGCCUAUGUUCUCAGGCCGAAGGCUGUGACCUCGCGUUACAGAGCUCCUAAAUGACCCGUCCUAUUUCCUUUCGGGUCAUAUGUCUGUCUGUUACCCUGGUAUCCCUAGUGGGUCAUUAGGGUAUAGCUAUCGCUAUAGGGUGCUUUCAUGGGACAGCAGCAUUUCAUAAACAGUUGUAUUUUUUCUCUUGCAUCUUCUGUAGUGUCUUCUAUCUUCUUUCAUUGCAGAGAUUUGGUUCAGCAAGCUGUAUUUUCUUAGCCUGGAAUGCAAAAUGUUUCAGAAACAUAGUGAAACAGAGCAAUAUUACGUUUGGAUUCCAGGUUUGCAUUUUGUGUGCUUGGCUCAUACAUGACAGUGACCAUAUGUGCUUUUUGUCCCUCUCAGGCCGUCAUACAAGUGGAAGCGUCAGGUGACCCAGAGGCAGCCAUCCAUGUCUAAGAAGAGGAAGAUGUCUCUGCUGUUUGACCACCUGGACUCCAGUGAGCUUGCCACACACCUCACUUACCUGGAGUACAAGUCCUUCUGCAAGAUACUGGUAUGUGGGGCUGUGGGGAGUAGUGUGUCUGUCCCCCAGAACUGGGUUGAAAUAGUAUUUUUUUUCUUUCAAAUUCUUAAACCUGCACUUGACUGAGCUUGGCUAGCUGAAUGGAACUAAUGGAAUAUUCCCAAAAGUGCAAAUCCCAUCCACCUGGCACUCCAGGCAGGCUCAAUUAAACACUCAAAGUAUUUGAAAGAAAAUACAUACUGUUUGAACCCAGGUCUGCUGUCCAAACUGCCUUUGCAUUGCUCAUUCAACAUGGGACUUAUCCUUACUUACAGUGGGGGAAAAAAAGUAUUUAGUCAGCCACCAAUUGUGCAAGUUCUCCCACUUAAAAAGAUGAGAGAGGCCUGUAAUUUUCAUCAUAGGUACACGUCAACUAUGACAGACAAAAUGAGAAAAAAAAAUCCUGAAAAUCACAUUGUAGGAUUUUUCAUGAAUUUAUUUGCAAAUUAUGGUGGAAAAUAAAUAUUUGGUCAAUAACAAAAGUUUCUCAAUACUUUGUUAUAUACCCUUUGUUGGCAAUGACACAGGUCAAACGUUUUCUGUAAGUCUUCACAAGGUUUUCACACACUCUUGCUGGUAUUUUGGCCCAUUCCUCCAUGCAGAUCUCCUCUAGAGCAGUGAUGUUUUGGGGCUGUCGCUGGGCAACACAGACUUUCAACUCCCUCCAAAGAUUUUCUAUGGGGUUGAGAUCUGGAGAUUGGCUAGGCCACUCCAGGACCUUGAAAUGCUUCUUACGAAGCCACUCCUUCGUUGCCCGGGCGGUGUGUUUGGGAUCAUUGUCAUGCUGAAAGACCCAGCCACGUUUCAUCUUCAAUGCCCUUGCUGAUGGAAGGAGGUUUUCACUCAAAAUCUCACGAUACAUGGCCCCAUUCAUUCUUUCCUUUACACGGAUCAGUCGUCCUGGUCCCUUUGCAGAAAAACAGCCCCAAAGCAUGAUGUUUCCACCCCCAUGCUUCACAGUAGGUAUGGUGUUCUUUGGAUGCAACUCAGCAUUCUUUGUCCUCCAAACACGACGAGUUGAGUUUUUACCAAAAAGUUCUAUUUUGGUUUCAUCUGACCAUAUGACAUUCUCCCAAUCCUCUUCUGGAUCAUCCAAAUGCACUCUAGUAAACUUCAGACGGGCCUGGACAUGUACUGGCUUAAGCAGGGGGACACGUCUGGCACUGUAGGAUUUGAGUCCCUGGCGGCGUAGUGUGUUACUGAUGGUAGGCUUUGUUACUUUGGUCCCAGCUCUCUGCAGGUCAUUCACUAGGUCCCCCCGUGUGGUUCUGGGAUUUUUGCUCACCGUUCUUGUGAUCAUUUUGACCCCACGGGGUGAGAUCUUGCGUGGAGCCCCAGAUCGAGGGAGAUUAUCAGUGGUCUUGUAUGUCUUCCAUUUCCUAAUAAUUGCUCCCACAGUUGAUUUCUUCAAACCAAGCUGCUUACCUAUUGCAGAUUCAGUCUUCCCAGCCUGGUGCAGGUCUACAAUUUUGUUUCUGGUGUCCUUUGACAGCUCUUUGGUCUUGGCCAUAGUGGAGUUUGGAGUGUGACUGUUUGAGGUUGUGGACAGGUGUCUUUUAUACUGAUAACAAGUUCAAACAGGUGCCAUUAAUACAGGUAACGAGUGGAGGACAGAGGAGCCUCUUAAAGAAGAAGUUACAGGUCUGUGAGAGCCAGAAAUCUUGGUUGUUUGUAGGUGACCAAAUACUUAUUGUCCACCAUAAUUUGCUAAUAAAUUCAUUAAAAAUCCUACAAUGUGAUUUUCAGUAUUUUAUUUUCUCAUUUUGUCUGUCAUAGUUGACGUGUACCUAUGAUGAAAAUUACAGGCCUCUCUCAUCUUUUUAAGUGGGAGAACUUGCACAAUUGGUGGCUGACUAAAUACUUUUUUCCCCCACUGUAUUUGACCUCUCAGCUUCCCUAUCAAAUCAAAAAAUCUCUAACAGAAAUCCGAAGAAAAGUAACAACAAUGACAAAUGGUUUGAUGAAGAAUGCAAAAACCUAAGAAAGAAAUUGAGAAACCUAUCCAAACAAAAACAUAGAGACCCAGAAAACCUGAGCCUACGCCUUCACUAUGGUGAAUCACUAAAACAAUACAGAAAUACACUAUGGAAAAAUAAGGAACAGCAUGUCAGAAAUCAGCUCAAUGUAGAAGAAAAUUACAGGCCUCUCUCAUCUUUUUAAGUGGGAGAAAUUGCACAAUUGGUGGCUGACUAAAUACUUUUUUCCCCCACUGUAUAUGCGAGUUUAACAGCUUCUGUAUGCCCACUGAAUACAUUACAAUCCCCCCCCCCCCCCCCACCCAGUUCCAGGACUACCACAGCUUUGUGAUGCAUGGCUGCACGGUGGACAACCCCAUCCUGGAGCGCUUCAUCACACUCUUCAACAGUGUGUCUCAGUGGAUCCAACUCAUGGUGCUCAGCAAGCCCACCGCCCCCCAGAGGGCUGCAGUCAUCUCCCACUUCAUCAGGGUGGCUCAGGUAUGUAGGCUGGGGCAGAUUGGAGUUGGAGUUUUCCUUAUAUUAUUCAAUCUUGUUCUGAGGGAAGCUAUUAGCCUGAGUGCCAGACUGUUUGUGCUAUCAUGUCAAUGCCUUGUCACGCAUUGUCAUGUUUGGCUUCACAAUGACAGCAAUGGAGUUGGCAAGAGCACAAACAGAUCUGGGACCAGGCUAGGAAGCUCUGUCUCGAAGGGCCGAAGCAAAUGUGACUAGUUAAUAGGCAAGUAAUGUGAGUGGUUAAAUUCAGGCAAGUAAUCCCAAUGGGUUAUGGUUAGGGUAUGGUUAGGGUUAUGGUUAGGGUAAGGGGUUGAGUCCUGGUCCACUUAGAGCAGGGACAUGGAUUGGAGUUAAGCCUCAGGGGUUGAGAUGAGACAGAGGAGUUCUGUCAUGGAGAGGAAUAGAAAGGGAGAUGAGGAUAUGGACAGAGAUUGGAUAGAUACCAAAAUACCCUUACACAAAACCGCGGGUUACGCUUCAGGUAUUAUGAACUGUGUUCAUAUACAAUUACUGCCCGUUAUUCCUAACAGAAGUUAUCCAAGUGUGCUUAUCAGUAGUGUUAUUUUCUCAGUACUACUACUACCAGAAGGGAGGCUAUAUUUGGAUUUGUUAGAGAAUAAUGUUUAGAAGAGUGUUUGGAGUGUGCCUCCCUCAUUCCCCAACGCCACUCUCUUCUCUCCUCUCCAAAACAAACUCUUCAUGAUUUAUUCACUGACGCCGCAGCAGGCUCACACCCCUCCUUUCCCACCCCCUCUCUCUCACCUCUCCUCUGCCAAAUAUGCCCAAGCUCAAAUAUCCCAGCUGGAUGCUAGCUAGCUAGUUUAGCACCCCGACUGAGUUUGCUAAAUAAAACACUUUGCCUUCCGAAAUUCGAAGGAUCAAAUAAUUAUUUUGGAUUGUGAGAAGAGAAAGAGAUGCCCAAAUACAUACCCGGCUGAAAGUUGGGUGGGUGUAUUUUCCAAAGCUGUGAUCCCGCUCCAAUAGACCCCAGGGAAGGGUUACCUCUCCUUCUUCCUGCUUCCUCCCUCUCUCCUUUCACCCCUCCCUCCUCUUUCACUCUAUUCUUAUCCUCCCUACCACAGAAGUAUUCCUCUAUUCAUUUAUCUUCUGAUUUAUUCAGUGUUUUGGAUGAAUUAGCUACUUUUCUCUGUAGUCUCUGCCUUAUUUUCUAUAUUCUAUCUCCCCUAACGUCUCUGUAUAAUCCAUAGGCUUUUACCCAUACAACCCUUUUUAUUUGUUAUCAUAUUGCUUGCCAGUAUUUCCCAUUACACAUCAGAUAUUGUAUAUGUCAGUCAUUAAGUAGUUUGUUACAAUGCCUCACACACACAGCCCAAAUGCAGAACAUAACUUAUCCCACACAGUGGAAAGCUUCGGCAUAUCGACAAGAGACCCUGAUAUUCCCUGUGCUAUUGAUACCUGUCACUGCUAGUCAGUGUCACUGUUAGUCAGUCUUUAUACAGCAGUUUAGUAGAGCCUCCAGCCUGCAAGGCUGCCACAGAGCUUUUCCCAUUGAUUGGAGCGACCGGGCGGGUAUUUGAGCUUAACCAAAUGAUGCCCGCUGGCAGUCCUCCCAAACAGCUGCGACCCCAUAGAUUUUCACUGGAUACCAUGUGGGCUGAAGGGCAAAGCUUUGCCCCUGCGGAGCUCCAUUCACAAAGUAUUACUGCAACUGUGAGACAAUGAUUAUAACUUGUUUGCUGCUCUGCCUACUGUUUGAAUGGAAUUAUUAGACUAGACCCUGCAAUAUUCUAGUGUAGCGAAGGAGUGCCUCUUAUUGCUUCAGUUUGUGUGGGUUAGCUGGUGUGUGUGUGUGUGUGUGUGUGACCUUCCCAGGAUUUGAGUUGUGUCUAUCUCCUGGUUUAUUGUGUGCCUCAAAUUUCAUCCAAUUAUUUUGUUUUCCCUCACAGAGAAAAUAGACUCUCUCUCUCUCUCUCUCUCUCUCUCUCUCUCUCUCUCUUUCUCUCAUAUAUCUCCAACAUCACUGUUUAUAACUAGCUUGCUCCUCUUCUGACUCAUGUCUCUCUCUCUGAAUCUUUACAUUUUUCUGUCUGUUAAUCAUUUUGGAAUUCAGGUACAGUAGGUCUCUGUGCUUAGCAAACUAAGGUAAGUAGGAGGGGUGCUCAACAACUAAGAUAUCUUUCUCCUUAUCCACCUAUUCUCUCCCUCUCCUCCUAUAGAAACUGCUCGAGCUUCAGAACUUCAACACUCUGAUGGCCGUAGUGGGGGGGCUCAGUAACAGCUCUAUAUCUCGUCUCAAAGACACCCAGUCACACAUCAGCAACGAGACCGACAAGGUAAACUAACAUCUCAUGCUUUAUCUACACUUCAUGUUAUCACUCUACAAACAGCCUGGUGUUACCACGACAAUUACUAUCUGAAAACAUCACCUCGCGUCAUAAAACCGAAAGGAUUUAGAGAAGUGAUUCUGUUAUCAUAGAUUGUGUGUAUGUAUUGAUAUGUAGGCUACAUGUGCCUUUAAAAAAAAUGUAUGUAGUUCUGUCCUUGAGCUGUUCUUGUCUAUUAAUGUUCUGUAUUAUGUCAUGUUUCAUGUUUUGUGUGGACCCCAGGAAGAGUAGCUGCUGCUUUUGCAACAGCUAAUGGGGAUCCUAAUAAAAUACAAAAAAAUACCAAAUCACAGCCCCAUCCUUCCUCUCUUGUCUUCCUCUUCUCCUUCACACCUCCCUCAUCCAUCCAUCCAUCCCCUCAGGUGUUCAACAGCCUGAUCGAGCUGGUGACGUCUUGCAGCAACUACAGCCAGUACCGACGUCGUUUCUCCGAGUGCACAGGCUUCCGUUUUCCUAUUCUGGGCGUGCACCUCAAGGACCUGAUCGCUGUGCACGUGGCGCUGUCCGACUGGGCCGACCCAGACAAGAGCAGGGUCAACCUGACCAAGUGCCAACAGCUGUAUGCCAUCCUCCAGGAGCUGGCGCUGAUCCAGACCACGCCACCCAGCAUCGAUGCCAACACAGACCUUCUUAACCUACUUACGGUUAGUGUCACACAGCCUGGUCCCAGAUCUAUUUGUGCUGUCUUGCCAAGUUUGCAGUGACAAUGACCAUAGGAGUUGGCAAAACAGCACAAACAGAUCUGGGCCCAUGCUAGAUUCAUAUUCAAAAUAAAUUAAAUGUGUUUGACAUUCCCGGUAAAUGAGGGGUGGGGCUGUUUCUCAUGUAUCAUUGUAUCUAUGUUUUCAUUUUACAGUUAUUCAACCUUUACUCUUAUACCAUGUUUGUUUGUUUGUUUGUUUAUUUAUCUGUUAUAGAUUUUAUCUGGAUGUAACCUUUAUUGAUCGGUGGUUUUCCAGGUUACUGUCAUUGAGAUAAACUGCUGGCCUAAGAUGGCAGAAGGAGGAUGAUUCGUUAAAAAAUUAUAACUUUUUUACACACUGAUAUAUAAUCUGUCAACAAAUCUCUCAAAUCUCUGGCAGUUAUGUGUUACCAUGGUGAACUACAGAGCAUACAAGAAUAUGCAUAAUUGACAGUAAAAUAAUAUGGUUAUGUAUGCAGGAGUUACCUUCAGUUAGGGACUUCCAAGAAAAUGUUAACGAGAGAGAGGUUGGAGCUUAAUUGGCAGUUAAGAAUGCAUAUUAAUCCUUUGAGAGAGAGAGAGAGACAUCAGCAACAUACUAAUACAGCAAUCUACCACAAAUGAAUGGAAUCAAUGAUAGCGUGUGGCUAAGAGGAGGACUGUCACUCAAAAUUAGGGAAUAAAUUGAAAGUGACCUGUGGGAGUCCAAGGAUGGAGAGGGAGCUUGAUGGCCUAAUAUGAUUUGCAAAUUCCAAUAGGUACCACUGGGAAAUAGCUAAUGACUACCUCGAAUGGGGAUUCAGGUUUCUGCUAUUCAAAUUAAUUCCCACUCCUGUUCCUCUGAUGAUAAAGCUUAUUUUACACCGUUAGACUGUGAUAUUGCCAUAUCAUUUCCAUUCCAGUGAAAAGUAAUAGUGAAUACCCUAUCAUGAUUCCUGUGUGUUCUUCUGCUGUUUUGGCUAAGAUCCAAAGGUGUACUGCACUCUGGCUUGCACAGUGAAAAACGAUUCUCUCUUUCUGGUUUUCACCUACCCAGUGGGUAAAACUGGUUGACUCAAUGUUGUUACCAUUUAAAUUCAACACCCAAAAACAAUGUGAGGACGUUGAAUCAACGUGGAAAAAAUGAUUGGAUUUGCAAAAAGUCAUAACAUAAGGGCAUUUGGUGUUUUUUUUUCACCAAGCUCUUAACCUAAAUCCAAUGACAUGGUGACAUUUGUGUUGAUUUCAUGUUGCGUUCACGUUAGUUGACAACUCAACCAAAUGUAAAUCAAAUCUAGACAUUGAACUGAUGUAUGUGUCUAGUGGGUAGUCUCUUUUUCUCUCUCUCACUCUUUCUCUCACUUUCACUCUCUCACUCACUCAGUCUCUUACUCACUCAUUCAUUCAUUCUCUCACUCACUCUCUCUCUCUCUCUCUCUCUCUCUCUCUCUCACUCACUCACUCACUCACUCACUCACUCUCUCACACACAUACAUUCUUAAUUGCCAUUCAUGAUUCAACUUCACCUGACACCCACUUCCUAUUGGGAUAUGUAAAGGUUGAUUUCCUGUCAAGUUCCUUUAUUAGCCCGGUUAUCUAGAGGGAGAUCGAUACCGCCAGUCGCUGUGUGUGUGUGCGCUGUUUGAGUCCCCCCCCCCUUUUUGCCCUCAGAACAGCCUCAAUUUGUCGGGGGCAUGGACUCUACAUGGUGUCGAAAGCGUUCCAUAGGGAUGCUGGCCCAUGUUGAAUCCAAUGCUUCGCACAAUUGUGUCCAGUUGGCUGGAUGUCCUUUGGGUUGUGGACCAUUCACACGGGAAACUGUUGAUUGUGAAAAACCCAGCAGCGUUGCAGUUGACACCUACAGCCUGGCACCUACUACCAUACCCCCUCCAAAGGCACUUAAAUAUUUUGUGUUGCCCAGUCACCCUCUGAAUGGCACAAAUACACAAUCCAUGUCUCAAUUGUCUCAAGGCUUAAAAAUAAUUAUUUAACCUGUCUCCUCCCCUUCAUCUACACUGAUUGAAGUGGAUUUAAUAAGGGAUCAUAGCUUUCACCUGGUCAGUCUAUGUCAUGGAAAGAGAAGGUGUUCCUAAUGUUUUGUACACUCAGUGUAUACACUACAUGACCAAAAGUAUGUAGACACCUGCUCAGCGCACAUCUCAUUCCAAAAUCAUGGGCAUUAAUAUGGAGUUGGUCCCCCCUUUGCUGCUAUAACAGCCUUCACUCUUCUGGGAAGGCUUGUCACUAGAUGUUGGAACAUUUCUGCAGGGACUUGCUUCCAUUAAGCCACGAGCGUUAGUGAGGUCGGGCGAUUAGGCCUGACUCGCAGUCGGCGUUCCAAUUCAUCCCAAAGGUGUUCGAUGGGGUUGAGGUCAGGGUUCUGUGCAGGCCAGUUAAGUUCUUCCACACCGAUCACGACAAACCAUUCUGUAUGGACCUCGCUUUGGGCACGGGGGCAUUGACAUGCUGAAACAGGAAAGGGCUUUCCCCAAACUGUUGCCACGAAGUUGGAAGCAUAGAAUCGUCUAGAAUGUCAUUGUAUGCUGCAGCGUUAAGAUUUCCGUUCACUGGAACCAUGAAAAACCAUGAAAAACAGCCCCAGACCAUUAUUCCUCCUCCCCUAAACUUUACAGUUGGCACUAUGCAUUCGGGCAGGUAGCGUUCUCCUGGCAUCCGCCAAACCCAGAUUAAUCUGUCAGACUGCCAGAUGGUGAAGCGUGAUUCAUCACUCCAGAGAACGGGUUAUUUACACCACUCCAUGGUAUUCCUAGACUUGUGUGCGGCUGCUCGGCCAUGGAAACCCAUUUCAUGAAGCUCUCGAUGAACAGUUAUUGUGCUGAAGUUGCUUCCAGAGGCAGUUUGGAACUCGGUAGUGAGUGUUGCAACCGAGGACAGACAGUUUUUACGUGCUACGCGCUUCAGCACUCUGCGGUCCUGUUCUGUGAGCUUGUGUGGCCUACCACUUCGCGGCUGAGCCUUUGCUCCUAGAUGUUUCCACUUCACAAUAACAGUAGUUACAGUUGACCGGGACACCUCUAGCAGGGCAGAAAUGUUGACGAACUGACUUGUUGGAAAGGUGGCAUCCUAUGACGGUGACACGUUGAAAGUCACUGAGCUCUUCAGUAAGACCAUUCUACUGCCAAUGUUUGUCUAUGGAGAUUGCAUGGCUGUGUGCUCGAUUUUAUAAACCUGUCAGCAAUUUGAAGGGGUGUCCACAUACUUUUGUAUAUAUAUCGUAAGGUUUUUGUGCGUAUGGAACAUUGGACCAACACUUUACAUGUUGCGUUUAUAUUUUUGUUCAGUGUAGCUUUUGGUUUAUAGCGCAGGGGAAUACACCUGAAAACAGUUCAGUGAAACUACAGUGCAGCGUUGUUAUCAGCCUACUGUUUCCACUUUUGUAUAUAUACAAUUAUACACAACAAGUAGAAUAAUCAGGCAACAGUUGAGAAAAUAAAUUUUCAAGGCCUCAUGUGAAUGACAUGGAGGGAGCUAUUGUGUGUCUAAUAUUAUGACAGGCCAAAUCUGCAGCAAUAUCUACUGUCUACGUUUUGCCCUAAAAUAAUGCAGAUUUUCUCCUGAACAGGUAGUUCAACAAAUCCGUUCGUUCUUCAUAUUUCAGUAGAUAAGUACCUCUGAGUCAUAUGUGGAGCAGUGGAGUAGAACAUGCUGCUCAUUCUCUAGUUCACCCGAGCCACAGUGUUUACAUAGUCUUUCUUCUCUGACCGUCCAUGUUUUUCAAUGGCGUCCUGUCUCUAAGGCCAGGCUAAGGUCACAGAGUAUUUACAUUGUUAAUGUCUUCCUUUGUUUGAAUUCUUUGAUCUUGAUUAGGUGUUGUGCUCUUUUGAUAUCUGUAUUUAUAAUUUGGUAACAUUGAAGUUUGUGAUUUAAAUAGAAUUUUGUUUAGCCAAUAAUUAGUGUAUGCAUUUUGGUUAUAGAUUUCUAUUUGUUAGAAUUUUGUUAUUGAUGGUUGAGGGUUGCAGUGUUUGCAUGAGAAAGCUUUGUGAUGAUAACAUUCUGGAUCACAGUGUGUAUAUUUGUACAAAAUGCCAGGUGUAACAUUUCGGUAGGGCUUUUAACCAAUGAUGUAUAUUUUACAUUGGAAAGGGGUCCCCAAAAUGUGCUGCCAUAUAGCAGGAUUUAAGUUACAGUUGAAGUCGGAAGUUUACAUCCACUUAGGUUGGAGUCAUUCAAACUAGUUUUUCAACCACUCCACAAAUGUCUUGUUAACAAACUAGUUUUGGCAAGUCGGUUAGGACAUCUACUUUGUGCAUGACACAAGUAAUUUUUCCAACAAUUGUUUACAGACAGAUUAUUUCACUUAUAAUUCACUGUAUCACAAUGCCAGUGGGUCAGAAGUUUACAUACACUAAGUUGACUGUGCCUUUAAACAGCUUGGAAAAUUCCAGAAAACGAUAUCAUGGCUUUAGAAGCUUUUGAUAGGCUAAUUGACACCAUUUGAGUCAAUUGGAGGUGUACCUGUGGAUGUAUUUCAAGGCCUACCUUCAAACUCAGUGCCUCUUUGCUUGACAUGGGAAAAUCUAAAGAAAUCAGCCAAGACCUCAGAAAAUAAAUUGUAGACCUCCACAAGUCUGGUUCAUCCUUGGGAGCAAUUUCCAAACGCCUGAAGGUACCACGUUCAUCUGUACAAACAAUAGUAUGCAAGUAUAAACACCAUGGGACCACGACGCUGUCAUACCGCUCAGGAAGGAGACGCGUUCUGUCUCCUAGAGAUGAACGUACUUUGGUGCGAAAAGUGCAAAUCAAUCCCAGAACAACAGCAAAGGACCUUGGGAAGAUGCUGGAGGAAACAGGUACAAAAGUAUCUAUAUCCACAGUAAAACGAGUCCUAUAUCGACAUAACCUGAAAGGCCACUCAGCAAGGAAGAAGCCAUUGCUCCAAAACCACCAUUAAAAAGCCAGACUACGGUUUGCAACUGCACGUGGGGAUAAAGAUCAUACUUUUUGGAGAAAUGUCCUCUGGUCUGAUGAAACAAAAAUAGAACUGUUUGGCUAUAAUGACCAUCGUUAUGUUUGGAGGAUAAUGGGGGAGCUUGCAAGCCGAAGAACACCAUCCCAACCGUGAAGCACGUGGGUGGCAGCAUCAUGCUGUGGGGGUGCUUUGCUGCAGGAGGGACUGGUGCACUUCACAAAAUAGAUGGCAUCAUGAGGAAGGAAAAUUAUGUGAAAUAUAUUUAAGCAACAUCUCAAGACAUCAGUCAGGAAGUUAAAGCUUGGUCGCAAAUGGGUCUUCCAAAUGGACAAUGACCCCAAGCAUACUUCCAAAGUUGUGGCAAAAUGGCUUAAGGACGACAAAGUCAAUGUAUUGGAGUGGCCAUCACAAAGACCUGGCCUCAAUCCUAUAGAAUAUGUUAGGGCAGAACUGAAAAAGCGUGUGCGAGCAAGGAGGCCUGACUCAGUUACACCAGCUCUGUCAGGAGGAAUGGGCCAAAAUUCACCCAAUUUAUUGUGGGAAGCUUGUGGAAGGCUACCCAAAACAUUUGACCCAAGUUAAACAAUUUAAAGGCAUUGCUACCAAAUACUAAUUGAGUGUAUGUAAACUUCUGACCCACUGGGAAUGUGAUGAAAGACAUAAAAGCUGAAAGAAUUCUAUUAUUCUGACAUUUCCCAUUCUUAAAAUAAAGUGGUGAUCCUAACUGGCCUAAGACAGGGAAUUUUUACUAGGAGUAAAUGUCAGGAAUUGUGAAAAACUGAGUUUAAAUGUAUUUGGUUAAGGUGUAUGUAAACUUCCGACUUCAACUGUAUGAAGGACUAAAAUUAUUUAAGCCAAAUUCUAAUUGGUGGGUUGAAUAUGUACAGGGUAUUUUUUAUUGCAAAAUAUGCUCUAUGUACUUUCUUUUUGUUAUUAGAAACUGACAGUCAUUAAUGAGUUGAAGGGCACCUGUGGAAGUUUGCUUAGAAGUGGUCGAUACUCAAUCAUAUAAUUCCCUGGCUUUAUACAGUUUAUUCAACUUCAGCUUAGUUUGGACAGGUGUUGGAAGAUGAAGUUAAAAAGUCAAUCUGUCUGUGAAACCAUGGCAAUACGGUUUACUGUGGAGAGCCAAUGUUAACUCACCAAAUAGGCUUUAAGCCUUCUGGUCCAAUCAAUAUAUUUCUCUAGGUUUAUUAAUUAAUUCAUUAACCUUAAAAAUAAAAUGAUUCCAUGAUUAUGUAUUGGAUAUGAGAGAGAGCUGUAUGCCUCUGGAAACAACAAUGCAUUCCUCUUCUUCGCUCCUCGGUUGUCAUGGUAUCCACAUGCAGUAGCUAUAUUAAUAAAGUUAUCAUGUGUUGCAGGUGUCUCUGGACCAGUACCACACAGAGGAGGAGAUCUACCAGCUGUCUCUACAGAGAGAGCCACGAAGUGCUAAACCAGCGGUGAGAGCUAGGGACCGAUAGGGGCCAAUGUGUUCUUCCAGCUUAUAUGAAGCCAAUUUUUUCUUAUAUCUUACAGAAGAAGGUCAAUGUGUUCUUAUAACUUAUAUAGGAAGUAAAUGUAUUCUUCUUAUAGCUUAUAGGAAACCAAUGAAUUCUUAUUGUAUAGCUAAUAGGAAACCAAUAUGUUAAUCUUCGCAUGUGAUUUGAACACUGUUGUUCUCUCAUGUUGAACUUUUCCCUUUUAUUGCUUCUAGGAAGUCUCUGGAGAUCUCUCUAGUUUGGGAACUCUCUCUUCUAAGAACUAUCUUUGCUGAAAUGACAACAAUUUCCGCUUUAUAAGUCAUUGAUUUAUUUUCCUGUCUUUUCACUGGUUUGGCAGAACUCCGGCCCUGCCCCUGCUCCUGCCCCCAAGCCCAAGCCAUCGAUGAUUGACGAGUGGGCUGCGUCGGUGAAGCCCAAAGCUGACCCUGCGGUCAUCAACAAACACAUAGAGAAGAUGGUGGACGUACGUUACGCUAAGUGUCUCACAUCUAGCCUGGUUGAACCAGAUUGAAUGCUGUCCUCAAUGGUGAGCGCAGCAUUUAGUCUGGUUUAACUCACAUCCAAUUGAUGACUAAUUACAACUUGUUGAGGCCAUGUAAUUGGCUUGGAACAUAGUAGUUAUCCUCACAGCUACCCUUUUAUUAAUCACAAUGAGUCCGAGUCAUGACAACCGUAGUACUCUUUGUUUUGAUAUGCAGUAGUAAUGUGUGUUUCCUCGGUUACAGUCUGUCUUCAAGAACUUUGACACGGACGGGGACGGUCACAUCUCCAGGGAGGAGUUUGAGAUCAUCAGGAACAACUUCCCCUACCUCAGCAAGUUUGGAGAACUGGACAAAAACCAGUGA